AUGCGCACUCGCGGCAUUGAUCACAGACAGAGCCGCGAACCGCGGAAAACGGUACCCGGUGCGAGGAGGGAGCUUCAGGCUGAGGUUCCCAACUAGGCAGGAGGUAAACCUGGUCGGAAAAUAAUAAAACGGACCAGGUGACUGAGGGAAAGCAGGGGUGGGGGAGGGAGGGAAUGGAGGAAAAAAACAAUAAUUUACCACAAAAGGACAAGUAAAAGCAUAAAUAAUGCAAAAGUACCCAACUAUACAGACAUAAUUAGACAAUUUUCCAGAUUAUGAGAGAGAUGUAAAAAUUGUACUUAGCUGAGGAGGCAGCAGCAAAAGAGAGAGGAGUGGCUUAGGGUCACAUGAGACAUUAUUUUGCUAGGAACACUCUCAUUGGUUAAUAUGUUAUAUGUGGUUAACCCUUUGGGGUCAAUGAUGUUGCUAUUGAAUUUUUUCGUUGAAUAUCUACAAUAUUUAAAAUAUCCUUUCUUUUGCUGCUGAGGAAUAAAGAAAGAGAUAAGCAUAAUAGGAGCCUCCGUGUCCUUUAAUAAAAUUCAAGUCCUUUAAUUACUGCCGCCACAGACCAACUGUGAUAUUUGAAUGUGCUAGUAUCAGUGGCGUACUAAGGGGGGGGCGGGGGGGGGCGGUCCGCCCCGGGUGCCAGCCGGGUGGGGGGUGCCAUGGCCAGCCCCGCCGCCCCUUCCCCCCCCAUGCUGCAGCCGCCCGAGCGCUCUGUAAAGAGCCUCAGGCGGCUGCAGCUUUGCCCGGGCGGUGCGUCCAUGAGGGCGGACCGCACCGCCCGGGCGCAGCCUGAGGAGAGGCUGACAGGAGGGAGCGCUCCUGUCAGCUCCCUCACUGCAGCAUGCUAGUCCGACGGGUACAGAGAGCAGCUGUCUCCUGUACCCGGCCGGACUAACAGGAAGUGCACACUGAGUGUGCACUUCCUGUUAGUCCGGCCGGGUACAGGAAACAAAAGCUCCCUGUACCCGCGGACUAUACAGGGCUCGGCCACGCUACAGGGAGGUAGGGGGGAGGGGGAGAAAGAAGGGGGGGGAGGUGAGAGAGAGAAAUAAGGUGAGAGAGGGGUGAGAAAGAGAAAUAAGGGGGUGAGAGAGGGGUGAGAAAGAGAAAUAUGGGGGUGAGAAAGAGAAAUAAGGGGGGGUGAGAAAGAGAAAAAGGGGGGGUGAGAAAGAGAAAUUGGGAGGAGGAGAAGGAAAUUGGAGCGGGAGGAGAGAUUGACAUUCAUCACAUACACACAAUGCACCCCUUGCACACAGAAAAACACACAGACACACAUACACAAGCAAUGCAACCGUUACACACAAUGCAUCCCUUACACACACAGAAACACACAAUGCAUUCAUUACACACACUCAAUGCACCCCUUACACACAUUCAAUGCAUCCCAUACAUACACAGAAACACACCUUGCAGCCCUUACACAUACAAACACAAUUUCACACAAUGCAUUCCUUACACACAUAUCAGGACAUCCCCUACACACUCCACCCCCUGUGAACAAACUCAUUGGUGGAACAUGAAGGUGGACCCUGGGACCCAGACCUUGAGCUGUGUAAAGGACCCCCAAAAAAUGGAGCUGCUUCCCGUUCUCCCAGAACAUUGAUUUUUGUGACCACAGUUACAAACCGCCUCCAGAGAGCCUGUUCUGCACCAGACCAGUGGAGCCAGACUGCAGCUAGAGCCCAUCAUCAUCCUCAUCUGGUUGUAAGUAGGCAAUCUAGUAUAUUAUUCGUGGCACUAAGCUCUAAUUUACCUCACAUUAAAGAAACACUAUAGUCCCCAGAACCACUUCAGCUUAAUGUAGUGGUUCUGAUGUCUAUAGCCUGUCCCUGCAGGCCUUUUAAUGUAAACACGGCGGCACUGCAGCACUGGCGUUAGUUAACAUGGCAAAUCAUAUGGCUGGGACAUUGUGAUGUCACAUGGGGGACGGCAAACUUUACUUUUGCCUUUGGCGGCAAAAAUCCUUGUACCGGCCCUGGCUGGAGGGGGCUGUGUGAGCUGUGGCCGCACAGUGUCCCAUGGUAGUUAGGGUGAUGUGUAGUUAGGAAAUGUGUAUGUGUGACUGUCUGCCUGUGACUGUGUGUGACUGUCUGCCUGUGACUGUGUGUGACUGUCUGUCAGUAACUGAGUGUGUGACUGUGUCUGUAACUGAGUGUGUGACUGUCUGCCUGUAAAUGUGUGUGUGGGGCUGCAGGGAUUUUGUAGAAGGGGUGGGGUUUUUGUAUUGGGACAGGAGUCUUUAUAAGGGGGGAUAAGCAGGGGAUUUGUGGAAGGGGGUUGCGGGGGUUUUGUAGAUGGGGCAGUACAGGAUUUGUAGAAGGGGCAGGACAGAGGUUUUGUAGAUGGGGCAGGGCAGGACAAGGGUUUUGUAGGAGGGGCUGACAGCGGUUUUGCAAAGUUUACAAAUUGUAAAAAUAAAAGAAAUAAAACCUUUAACAUUUUUUUAAGGUUUUUUUUUUUGGGGGGGGGAGGGUGGGGGGUGCCAAGCACAGGAUCCGCCCCGGGUGCCAAAUGCUCUAGGUACGCCCCUGGCUAGUAUGCUGCUUAUUGCAAAUAUGAUCAUUGUGUUACUAGCUGUUUAACAAGGGAGAGACAUAUCCAUGAGUUCAUGAGAAUACAAAGAUGUCAAUAUCCUAUGAUAAAUUGAAGGGAGCUUAUUUCCUAGAAAGAGGCCCAACAAAUUGCUCCUCUCAACUAUCUCACCUCGCCAGCCUCCUGCCCACAGACUAUAGUCCUGAUCUCAAGAGCCCCUAAAGUGGGUAUGGGGCUCCGAACACUUACUGUGCUUGCCAGCCGGAUACUCUGGAUAUAUAUUUUGUGGUGGUAUGGUCUAGGGAAAGGGGGUUCAGGCAGACAUUUUCGCUGGCCAUCCUCUGGCAGGUGGGGCUCCGGGGAGGGGGACUGCCUUCCUCCCCAUCUGCAGUUUGAGCUUCCGGGAGAAGAAGUAGUCAGCCUCCCUUCUCACAAUCUAGGGAGAGAAAGAAGUUGGCCUCUCUCCCCAGCAGGAGAAUGGACUCCAGGCCCCCUAAAAGGGCAUGGGGGCCACAGAUUCUUUCUGUGCCUACCAGCCAUACCUUAUGAACUGGACUCUUUUUACACAUCGAGUGCCUGACUAGGACAUACUCAAACUAUUCCUCGUAUUGGGACUGUGUCAUGGUCUGGUCAAUCUUUAAAGGACCACUCUAGGCACCCAGACCAUUUCAGCUUAAUUAAGUGGUCUGGGUGCCAGGUCCUUCUAGGGUUAACCCAUUUUUUCAUAAACAUAGCAGUUUCAGAGAAACUGCUAUGUUUAUGAAUGGGUUAAGCCUUCCCCUAAUCCUCUAGUGGCUGUCUCAUUGACAGCCACUAGAGGCGCUUGCGUGCUUCUCACUGUGAUUUUCACAGUGAGAGCACGCAAGCGUCCAUAGGAAAGCAUUGAGAAUGCUUUCCUAUGUGACCGGCUGAAUGCGCGCGCAGCUCUUGCCGCGCGUACGCAUUCAGCCGACGGGGAGGAGAGAAGGAGGAAACUCCCCGCCCAGCGCUGGAAAAAAGGUAAGUUUUAACCCUUUCCUCGCCAUCCAGCCUGGCGGGAGGGGGACCCUGAGGGUGGGGGCACCCUCAGGGCACUAUAGUGCCAGGAAAACGAGUAUGUUUUCCUGGCACUAUAGUGGUCCUUUAAGCGGGUAUUGCUCUGUUCUCCGAUAUCCAAUGGAGGUCAAUUUGUGUGCUAUGUCUCUAGGACUGCGAGGGCACAACAGGGAGCUGAUUGUAUUAGCUGUAGAUAAUUUCAUUAAGUGCCCCGUCAGAGCGAUUGCUUUGUAUGGAUCAGCCACUACAUUAAAAUUACUGACAGGUGAAGUGAAUAAUAUUGAUAAUGUUACAAUGGCACCUGUCAUAGGCAGGGGUAUAUUAAGCAGCAGGUGAACAGGCAGAUCUUCAAUUCCAUGUAUUGGAAGCAGGAAAAAAAUGGGCAAGUGGAAAGAUCUGAGUAACUGACAUGGGCCAAAUAGUGAUGGCUAAACAACUAGGUCAGAGCGUUUCCAAAACGGCAAGUCUUGUGGGGGAGCUCCCGGUACGCAGUGGUUAGUAUCUACCAAAAGUGGUGUGAGGAAUGACAUUCAUUAUCAGAGUCAUGAGUGCCAAAGUUCAUUGAUGCACAUGGGGAGCGAAGGCUAACCCAUCUGGUCCGAUCACACAAUGGAGCUACUGUAGCUCAAAUUGCUGAAAACCUUAGUGCUGGCCAGAAAAUAAAGGUGUCAGCACACACAGUGCAUAGCAAUUUGCUGGAUAUGAGGCUGCAUAACUGCCGACUGUCAGAGUUUCAAUGAGGACAACGGUGAGAGCGGCUUCAGUGGGAACAUCAGACCUGGAUUAUGGAGCAAGGUUGAUAAUUUAUGUUUUCUUUUAUAUCAGGUGGAUGGACAGAUGCAUUUACCUGGGCAGAGAUGGCAGCAGGAUGCACUAUGGGAAAAAGGCAGGCCGACAGUGUUAUACUCUGGGCAAUGUUCUACCGGGAAACCUUGUGUCCUGGCAUUCAUGUGGAUGUUACUUUGGCACCUACCUAGAGAUUGUUGCAAAGAUCAUCAGAUCACCUCUAUCAGCAGGAUUAUGCACCCUGCCAAAAUUGUUCAGGAAUGGUUUGAAGAACAUAAAAAAGAGUUAAAUGUAUUACCUUGUAGGGAUCGACCGAUUGUCGGUUUUGAAGGUUAUUAUCGGCCGACAUUCAGAUUUUUUGUAUCGGCUCAUAAUCACCGGAAAUACCGCGUCCAUAAGGCAUUUCCAUUUUGUGCAUUUACCACUUAAAAGGACACUCCAGUGCCAGGAAAACAAAUCGUUUUUCUGGCACUGCAGGUCCCCUCUCCCUCCCACCCCCCAUCCUGCCGAUGUCGCUCGGCAGUGGUUUAGGGUCCGCCCACUCUCCCCCCCACCGACGUCAGCCAGUGGGGGAGACCGAUUGCGCAUGCGCAGCAAUGCCGCGAACGCGCAUUAGACCUCCCCAUAGGAAAGCAUUAUAAAUGCUUUCAAUGCUUUCCUAUGGGGAUCUUAGCGACGCUGGAGGUCCUCACAUAGCGUGAGGACUUCCAGCGACGCUAUAGCACAUAAAAUCUGUGCUAUAGACCAGGAAGUGCCCUCUAGUGGCUGUCUAGUAGGGUUAAGGGUAGUGGGAGUUGGCACCCAGACCACUCCAAUGGGCAGAAGUUGUCUGGGUGCCUGGAGUGUCCCUUUAAUAAAAAAGAUUUGCAAAAAAAAAAAUGUUUCUUCUCAAAAAGGUAAAUGUACAGAAUAUCGGUAAGUUAUCGGCUAUAGGCCUGACUUAUCAGUAUCAGCUCUAAAAAAAUAAAAAUAAAUUUUGGUCGAUCCCUAUUACCUUGGCUUCCAAAUUCCGCAGAUCUCAAUCAAAUUGAGUAUCUGACGAAUGUGCUGAAACAACAAAUCGGAUCCAUGAAGGCCCCAUCUUGCAACUUGCAUGACUUAAAGGAUCUGCUGCUCAUCUCUGGACACAUUCAGAGGUCUUGUGGAGUUCAUGUCUCAACACAUCAAAGUGUUGUGGCCACACAGAGGGGCCUACACAAUAUUAGGCAGGUGGUUUUAAUGUCGUGGAUGAUCAGUGUAUGAAUAUAUGGUCAAUAGAGCGAAGCAGUGUUUAUUUAAAACUAUAACUUGUGUGGGAUGCCUAUGUAUUUCACUGUAGAGUAGGCCCACACUCGAAUAUCUUGCUAUGGUAUAUCCAUACUACACCUGUAUUAUGUCACAGAAAAGUGAGCGUGACUUUAUGAUUUCACAUACUCCCUCACUUUCGCUUCACUACCCCCCAGUUUAUCAUAUUUAAAACGCUAGAACUGAAACUUUAAACAAGUACGUAUGUGAAACUAAUUGAAAUGCUCUCAAUUAAAAGAUGUCAGAGAGGUAUAUUAGGGUUAGUCAUUGAAAGUAGGGCAUUACUGAAAUUCUUAUUAGACUAAUUUACAUCUGGUCACUAUUUAAGUAAUUAAGUCUUAUUUACUCAAACAUACUACUUCAAAAAUAUAGGUAGAGGCAAAAAAAUGCCUACAAAAUUCCAUAUAUAAACAUGCUGUCAGCAUUGAGAAAGGGCUGCUGCUCAAAACGUUUGCAGCAUUAAAGGACCACUAUAGGCACCCAGACCACUUCAGCUUAAUGAAGUGGUCUGGGUGCCUGGUCCAGCUAGGUUUAACCUUUUUUUCUAUAAACAUAGCAGUUUCAGAGAAAUUGCUAUGUUUAUAUAAGAGUUAAUCCAGCCUCUAGUGGCUGCCUCGCUGACAGUCGCUAGAGGCGCUUCCCACUGUGAAAAUCACAGUGAGAAGACGCCAGCAUCCACAGGAAAGCAUUAUGAAUGCUUUCCUAUGAGACUGGCUGAAUGCACGCGUUUCCUGCCGCGCAUGCACAUUCAGCCGAGGAGGAGAGCUCACCGCCCGGCGCUGGAGAAAGAGGUAAGUUUAACCCCUUCCACCCCCUAGAGCCCGGCGGGAGGGGGACUCUGAGGGCGGGGGCACCCUCAGGGAACUAUAGUGGUCCUUUAACUUUGUCCUCAAAUAAAUUGUGGUAGCACCUGGGUGUGCACACCUAUACUGGACGCGCAGGACUCGUGUUUGUUUUUUGGUUACUACUUCAAAGCCGUGUUGCUCUCAGUAUUAUUGCUGUAUGGUGCAGCAGAAUAUUGAUUUGUCUAGUUUUACAUGUAUUUCCUACACUCCUAGCUGGUAAGAGUUAGGGAAGGAAAGUCUGUAUUACAGUUUGAAGGUCUCAAGCUGCACAAUGCACCAAUGACCAGACCCUAAGUUGCCAGUUCACCCAGGAGAGAGGGGAACCUGCAGUGUGCCAGGACUCCAGCAGCCACAUGGUGUGAGGGGCGCAAUGAGCCCAAGGCGGCCAUUUUUAAAACGGGCAACCUCCCCAAUAGGGGGAAAAGGCUACCAUUCGCCAUCACUUCCUAAUAAAGCCAUUGCCGGCCCUAAUACAUGGAGAUUCCUCCAUAUACUCCCCCACACGAAAUGGCCCUAAAUUAUCGUUUCUCUCCAGUUGACACCGACAGACAGAAAGAACGCGGGUCAGUCAGUCAGAAACCCGCGCGCCUGCUCUAAUGGCGGGAGCCGCGCUCUCGCGCUACUUACUCUGACUCCGCCCACUCCCUGAAUUCCCCCCCCCUCUCCCGAGCGACGUGAGCGCGCGUGCACCGUGCGCGCCCCCGCCCACUCCCCUGGCUGACGCGCGCCCCCCGCCUCCCUCAAUGUGUGUGUGUGUACGCGCGCGCGCGUGCUGUCAAGAGAGGUCUGGCGGGCAGGGGGAAAGGCUCUCGGAAGCUCAGUAACCGGAGAUCGAGGAGUGAGAACGGGAGAGGCUCAGCGCCACAGAGUAAGUAAGUGAGUGACCGUCCUACCCAGCCAGCUACCCCCCCCAGCAUUGCCAGCACGCUGCCCACAGCGAUCCUCCAUCCGCCUGCAUGGCAACAUGGCAAGAGCCGCACACGGAGAGUCACAUGUCUCCCCCCUGGUGCUCUGAUACCGGGCUCUGAUACCGGGCUCCGAUACCGGGCUGUGCGAGCCUGGUAACGGGAUGUGUGAUUGCAAGCUUCGCGGGUCAGUGCUGCCAGCCCAGGCUGCUGCUAUCCCAUGUAUUGCUCUCUGUAGCUAUAGAUAUAGAGAGAGACAGAUAUCAUGUUCAUACUGAUAGGAGGGGACUGGAGCCCACAUAAUAGGCGAGGAUGUGACUCAUGGGCUGCAGAGCUUGCAGUCUGUUCCUGGAGGCUCUUUUUUUAUUUAAUUUUUUUUCGGAGAACGGAAAUCGGGCUUGUCAUUUCUUGCAUGGAAUGGGAGUAUUGUACAUGAAAUGUGCUCAGUGGGAGCUUUAAAACUGAAUUUUACACACACACACACACACAGAUAUAUAUAGCUAUAUAAAUAAUAAAUAAAAUAAAAAAAUAUAUAUAUAUAUAUUUUUUAGGUAUGAGAAUUGUUCUUUAAAACUCCCAAGCUGGAGAUUUUUAUUUUUAUUUUAUUUUAUUAUUUUACAUGUCACAAAUUGGUGGCUUGUGUCUUUUCCUUCUGCAUUUUCUAUUUGUCACUGCAGCCUUCUUAGCAAAUAGCUAUUGGUUGCUCACAAAUGUCACAAGAACUGAAGCUAAUGGAUGCAGUCAUGAUAGUUGUGUAUUUGUGUUUUUUUUUUAUCUUGAAAUAGAUUGUUGCAUUACAUUAACUGCAUGGAAGAUCUUAAAAGAUCAUUUCAAAAUGUCAUAGGAUUCCAGUAUCCCUUUCCCCUUUUUUUUUUUUUUUAUUUUUUUUUUUUUUACCUCUAAUACCUCCAGAGCUGUAUUUUCCUGAAUGAUAUCCUGUUUCUUAGUGUGUGUGCAUGAGUAUUUAUAUUAUUACUAUUUUAUAAUGCUUGGGUAGCAAUUGUAGUCACCUGUAUGUUUCAGAAAUAUUCAAUUGUUUACAUUUAAAAUACACUGCAAAAAUUUCAAAUCAAAUGCAACAUGUAUCAGUUAUGUUGAAUAUUAACACCCAAUAUCCCCAGUACUUGGUCUGAGGUUGCCUUUCCUUAUAUAUUUCAUUUUUACUAAAUACAUAUACAAUGAGGAGGAAUAAUUUUGUCAUUUACAAGGUCACAUAAGCUCAAGAUUAAGUUCGGUUCUCGGACCAACUCUUUAUGCUUUGUUGUGCAUGAUCACACAUAUCCAUACAAGCAGCUAGCUCAUCAGGAGUCCUGACGUACUGAAGCGACUCUAAGACACUUUGUCUUAGUGUAGAAUGAAUCACCUUGACAAUGACCCACAGAUGACUUGUUAUUCUUCACAAACUUGUUUUCUCAUAGACAUUGUUUAGAAAUGAACCAGUCAAACAUUUUUUAGCACCUUGUGAUUUUUAUUUUGCAUUUAUUUAUAAAAAUAACAAUCCAAAAGGUCAAUUUGAAGAUGACAUUGACACUGUGCAUGUUUUACCUGUUAAAGGCCUGUGAUGAGUAUUAAACGUGCUCUUCCAGUCAUUGAAGGGUUGCAAUAAAUAGCCUUUUACACGGGUAACUCCAUAUAGCAUCAUCGUAAUAAAUUACUCCACUCAAAAGAAACCUCUGGCUGGCUUAGAGUAUUUGAUAUCAUCACAUGAUGACUCCAAUGCUGUAUAUGAUGAGCUAUCCCUGAUUGUGAAUGCCCUCUAGCAUGUAAGCUCAUUGAGCAUUGCCCUCAACCCCUCUGUUUCUGUGCAUCAAACUUGUCUGGUUACAAUUACAUGUUUGUUAGGCCACCCAUUGUAAAGGGCUACGGAAUUUGUUGGCGCUAUAUAAAUAUAAUAAGUGGUUUGGCAUUCCUUCUGUGGGUUAGACGUGUCCAAAAAUAAUAUAUUGGGGUUCUCCAACCUUAGAAACCUCUUAAAGUGUGUGUGUGUGUGUGUGUGUGGAUGUAUUUUCCAUGUGUCUGUCUUUGGCAUAUGUACAUGUAAGUGUAAUAUUAAUAAAAAGGUUUUCCGAUUUUUAUGCAGCAGAAUGACUGUUGCACAGUGGUGAAUUAGACAGUGCCCUAUCUGUAAAAGGGUUAAGUAUUUUCAGCAGUUUGUCACCUCCUGUCUUGUGUUUCACAUCUGUAGAGCUCCUGUCAGGAUCUCUGGCAUGGAGUUUGGGAGUAAAUUGGAGACUAAUCUGUGCCAUUAUUUCCCUUGUACGAUUAAUAAACAAAAUCUCCCUGUUUGCAGUAGUAAUGCUUUAUACAAGGCUGUUAUGUGCAUGUUUGAAUAGGUAAGCUCUCUGUCUUGAGGGAGGGGAGCACUAAUGUUCUAUUAAAUCCAGGAACUUAGUCUUUUUUGGUUUACAGCCAGGAAAUAGCACAUGGAGGGAGAGAAAUGUUAUGAGGCCAAAGAACUCAGCAACUUGUUAAUUUUUCUAAAUUGAAUGGAACAUUAGAGAUCUCAUGUACGGUAUGGUUUUUGGAGGACGUGUGCACUGUCUUACUAACGGUUUAACACCCAAAUUACUUUAGAUCGUGUACGUAUGUUUCCAAAACAUUUCUCUCUAUAAUAGGCGAAUAAGAGGCUGAGAGAAUCAGCUGACGCUCUCAGCAUAUCACCGGCACUGAAUGAGAGGUGUCUGCUUUGAAACCAGAGGAGGACAGGUGCCAUCAAGAGCACUUUAAGGUUAAUCUUCUAAUAAAUUAUUCACCUCUUCACGGUAAGGUAGGGCCCAGGACCUCCAGGCACCAUAACAACUUCAUUGAGAUGAUGUCAAUAUGGUGCUUGAAGUGUUCUUGAAGCUUGCAGUCAUGGUAUACCCACAACAUUGACUGCAAUGUUUACUUUGUGGCAUGGUACCGAAUAUAUUGCUAUAAUUUGUUGUCAUAAUAUGGUCAAAAGAAAAUUGUCUUUGUUAUAUCUGCAGGGCGAGCUAACCACAGCCACUGUAUCGGCAAAAAAGUAAAAGUGUUUUUUCCUAAAACAGUGUUUUGCGCUCUAAAUUUUCAAGUAUCUGAGUAGCUGUCAAAGCUCAGGGGUGCUUGAUAGUUUUACACGAAGAUUCAGAACAGUUUUGCUGACAUUGUUUCUGAGCCUUUUCUUUUUCUUUCUCUAAAUUGUGAUAUUGUUAUAAUCAUUUGCUGUGAGAAAAGUCCAGCAGUACAGUAAGCCUGUAGUUUCCCCGGGAAGGCUUACCCAAGCACGUGUUGGAACAAGAUGUUUAAAACACAGUAUAGAUUUGUUAGCACAGGCAAGAAUUCACAGAUUGCCUCAUUUUUGCUUGCUUUAGAAACGCUCAUGUUUGCUGAACAUAAGGCAGUUCUUGGAAAGAUUAAUACAUUUUGUACACCGGUGCUUAAGAGGAAAAAAAAGGGGAGUGUGCAAAAGUUUUAACUGUUUUAAAAACCUGGAUGUUGUACUAGUAACUUAUAGAUGACAUUGAUAAUUGAAUAAGUAUAUACUAUUGUCUGUAAAAUAAAAAUUUUAAGAGCAGUUUUGAGGGAAAAGUUUUAUUUGAGCAGUAACACUGGAGACAAACGGUAUAUACUAGCUUAUUUCUCCACUUAAUUUUUUUUUUAUUUGCCCCGUGAUAGGUUCUUAUAAAUAAACUACAUAGAAAUCAUCUGUUUCUGACUCAUUGUGUAGGAGUUUUGGAAAAGUUUAGAAGAUGAGUGUUUGCUUGCACUGAACUAAAGGAACCAUGGAGAAGGUUCUUGUACCAACAUGACUGUGCUGUUGUGCACAAAGUGAUAUCCAUGGAGACAUGGUUUGAUGAGUUUGGCGUGGAGGAACUUGAGUGGACUCAUACAGGGCUCUUAUGUCAAUUCCACUGAACCCCUUUGGGUUGAAUUGGAACACUGGUUGUGAGUCAGACUUUUUUGUCCAUCAUUAGUAUCCAGCCUCACACAUGCUCUUCUGGCUGAAUGGCUCACAAAUUCCCUCAGACACAUUCCUAUAUUGGUAGAAUAAAAGGGGGAGGGAAUUCAGGUAGGCGAAAUAUGUAAAAGAAAGUAAGAUAAAGUGCAGAAUAUAGUAUAGUAUGUUGAAGUUCAGGAGAAUUAAAUCAAAAGUAAUGCACUUACAGUUUUCUGGAGCUGAUAACUAGCUCCAAAUGUAUGUGCCUGGACGGUACAAUCCCCGCCUGUGGAUAUACUUGGUGUCUUGAUCCAAUGGGAAAAUUCCGGAUGGUAUAGAAUUUAGUGUAGUAUGUUCAAAACACCAGAAUAAAAAAAGUAUUUAUGUGGAUGUACACUCACAAUUUACUGAGCCCACUAUUGGCUCUGUGAUGCGCAUAUUAUGAGGUAGUUCACAAACUUAGGUGUACAGGAGUUCCCACUCUAUUGGUUUACAUAGUCAUAUAUUAUAUUAUAUUUUAUAUUUUAUUUUGAUUCAUUUGAAUCUUUGUUUUUAUUUGUUAAGAUUUAUUUGAGUUUAUUUUUGUCCAAUAAAUUUCUUCCUGAUCCUUUGGAAACUGACCUAUUUGCAUUUUUAUCUUUCAUUUGGAAGUUAAAGACACCAGGAGGAUACAAGAAGAGGGCAGUGGAUCCCUUUAAAGAUCCCAAGGCGUAUAUCACUAGAGCCAGGUGACCCUGUGGCUCUAUAUUUGUGAGUUUACAUUUUAUAUGCGUAUUGUUCUCCAUUUUUCCUUUGCACCACAUUUGUCUGCACUAUGAUUUGGUUGUCUGUUAUUUGCAGGCUAUAACAUACAUCAUAUCUACAAUUGUACAGGUAUCUUAGUGCUCCACUUAUUUUUGUAUUUUUUUGUUUGUGAUUUGUGAAGGUUAAGGGAAUCCUUUACUUAAGUGUAGAGCCUAAUUUCACCUUUCUGGUGGAGUGUGCACUUGUUUUGUUUACAUAUUGGUUUACAUAGCAGCAGAUUCUCACCAGAGAUAUAUAAAUAAAAAUAUAGUGUUCACUGUUAAAACAGGUAAAAAUAAGAUGUACUCACAAGUGGAGAGCAAAAUAAGUUUUGCUCAAUCCGUAUGGUAUUGGUGGUAUAAUCCUCUCCAAGGAAUGUGCUGGUACAAUCUUUUGGUGGAAAUCAGGAAGGUCCAAAAUUAGGUGUGCAAAAACACUAAUUUUUUUUGAAAAUAAAAUGUAAAAGCAUAAAAGAGUAACACGAAAUCGUUUCACCUUAUUGACAGGCUUUCUCAAAGUGUCUUAUAUCUAAUGCCUUCCCAGAAGACUUCAUAUUCAUAUCUAAUAAGUUCAUAUACAUGUAAUGAAUGGCCAGUUGUCCACAUACUUUGGCCAUAUAAUGUAUGUCACUGCUUUGGAAAAGCAUUCUGUCUCUGCUGGUAGUGAUAUAUUCAAAGGUUGUAUUGUCAGUGUGUUGGGAGGAAUUAAUGUCAUCACAUCCUACUGGUACUGAGUUAGAAUUUCCCCCAGUCUUUUCUUCCCAAGGAGAAUAUUUCAGGGAAUAUAUUCCUAUCUCUCCUUACCACAGUUUCCAAGAAGGCACAUUUUUGACAUCUUAGCCCAUUUAUGACACAGUAAAAUUGUCAAGCUCUGCAUAGUUGGGUUGUUGUGGUGGUUAUGUUUUUUUUUUUUUUUUUUUUAUUCCCUAUUAAGAGAAAAUAAUUGUUUAAAGCAGAAGUCAUUGUGAAAACCUAUAGUAUUAUUUAUACUCUCUACUGAUUAUCUCUUCAUCUUUAGAACUUUACCCUGGAAUUUAAUUUUAUAAACAACCCCUAUGUUUCCUAUCCAGUUCUACUUGUCAUUUAUAAAGUGACUUCCACCACACGUCUCUACAUUAGCGAUGUACGUAUGCUAAAACCAAAUCCUAGCAGAGUUUUAAAAACAAAUAAAAAAUAAUCUUUACAUGUAGGAUGAGAUUUGUUGGGUAGGGUCUUGAAUUAAGGCGUGACACAUUUUUCCUAGAAUCUUAAGAAAUCUGUAUGUUCACACCACCAGCAGAGAUGGCUUUGGGGCUCAAAUGUACUUCUGAGCACCUGUAUUCAGUUUGAGUGAAGGGACGAUGUACAUUACAUCUUCUUGGCCGGGGAGUCUAAAUGUCUCAGCCAGCUGUAUGCAUGCAAAACCACUGAUUUGGUCCCUUCACUUGUACAUGCGUAUAUAUGUAGUCACCUGCUUACCUAUUCUGCAGCAUGUUUGCAAAUUAUGCUCCCUCUUCUGCAGGGUAACAACAGUAUCAAUGGAUACAAUCGCCCAUCCACACAUGACUGUCCUUUAUGACCCACACUGGCAUCAGAAUCAGUGGUGGUUGUUACUCUACCCUUGCAAUGCAUUAAAGGGUCUCUCUGACUACCAUACUAACUUUUCAACGUUGCAUUUUGGUGUAUCAGUUACCCUGUCUUACCACAGCGUUGCUUAUAAGAGCAGCAUUUUGCGACAAUCAAUGCAUUCCUAAGACUAGAUGGAAUAAAAUUGCUUCAUACUUUGCCAUUUAACUUUCAUGCAAUCUGGGUAGAUAUGCCUCUCAUCCAUUUCCUCUCUUUAUAUAGUAGACCAUGAGAUUACUGCUCAUUCACAAAACUGUGACCUGAGUUGUAAAUUGGCUUGUAGUAGCCAUGGUACUGCCAGGUUAUUCAUCAGGUCCUCUCAUUAUAUGUUGAGUGGAAUUCUUUUUUGGGGGGUGGUUAAUUAUCUACAUAAUACACUAAAAUGUCAGUCACAUCUUGUCUAGUAUUUAUAACCACUCUCAUGUUUGUCUACCCUAAUUCAUCAGUAUGGUAGCUGGUUCCUAGGAUUAUAUAUCUGUUUAUCUUUGUUUGCUCUAGUAGCAGAGAUCAUUUCAAGAAGCCCAUGCACUUAUUCAUGUGUAAUUAACUUAAUAUGGUGCUGGGGUGAUUUUAUUUAAUUCAUUUGUCACUUUUUGGAGAACCACCCGUAGGAGGGUUUUCCUUCUGUCUUCUGUAACUCUGUUGUAGAUCGUAGAUCAUAGAUCGCUAUAUAAUUUAAAGCACAAUAUAUAGGUUAAUGGGACACUCCAUGCACCAAAACAACUUAAUCAAAAUUAAAUUAUGGUGCCAUGAGGUCCCUGACCCUUCCUUACCUUUAGGGGUUAAACGGUGCAUGAACGAUUGAACCCCAAAAUCUGCUCUGCAGUGCCAUUUCUCUCUGUCCAUUUCCAUAUCCGCUUUCAAACAAUAUUCUAAAGCAGGGGUUCUCAACCCAGUCUUCAGGACCCCUUACCAGUCCAGGAUUUGGGGAUUACCUGGGUGUGUCUCAGGUGUUUAGAAAAAGGGGAAAAAACACCUUAGACUCUAAGGUGUUUUUUUUUCUUUCUUUUUUCUAAACACCUUAGACACACCCAGGUAAUCCCUAAACCCUGGACUGGUAGGGGGUCCUGAGGACUAACGUUGAGAACCCCUGUUCUAAAGGAAGUCUGUUGGCUUAGAUUGGCUCCUCAUUCAUGAAAACGGCUUGAGAAAGUUGCGGUCAGCUGAUACUCUAAGCCAGUCACUAGCUCCCCAUUCAUAAAAAUGACUUGAAAAAGGAAGGCACCGUGCAAGGUUUGCUCACUGGCUAAGUGCGUCAGUGCAGGGAGUUUCUGGGUCACAAGAGGAGGCUACCAGCACCUGGUGGACAGCAGGUAAGUUGUCAGUGUGAAGGGAGGGCACUCUGGUUCCCAUACCACUACAGCAGUCUUUAGUGGUUAAGUUGGUUGGAGUGUUCCAUUAAGGGUGUUUGCCAGUAGGUUUGUUUUCAGAACAGAUAACAGAACUGUCACUCACUAAUUCUUUUUUUUGAUGGAGGUUCCAAGAAAGGAUUGGCAUUCACCUAACAGAAAUUGAGAGAACACUUACAUUGAGUGGCUAUGGACACUAUAUAACUUGUGAUAUGCUGAGAUCCAUGCUUUUGGUAAUACCCAUAGUGUCAGGCACAUUCCAAUUAUAUGAAAAUAUUGUUCUUAUGUUCUUCACAAUGUUGCCAUGAACUGUAUUUCCUGAAUUUUGUUAUCUCUUUUCCAGUAAAUUACUCUGGUCAAUACUCAUCCAGGUCUGUUCAGUAAAGUUACAAUUCAAAGUAAAUUCCAAAUUUAAAACCAGAGUAGCUGAGUGUACAGCAUAGGUGACAGAGAAUGUGUCCAUUUUGGCUAUUUUUGACCUUUUAUUUGAAAUUCACCUUGAAUUUACUUCGGUGAAUAACCCUGAUAGUGAAACUGUCUCUGUCCAAAUGUCCUUAUCUGUGCCAGUCACUGGCUACUGUGAAAGUUGCAUAUAAUUUUAUGUUCCAGUGUACAGAUAAGGUCCUUUUUGUCUUAUCGGAGCUGUACUUCGGGCUGUGUGAGGAUGUGACUGUGUGAGGAUGUGACUGCACUGAUAAGAAGAUAUGUGGUUGUGUGUGUUUCUUUCCCUACUGUGAAAGAAGAAAGGAAUUCUCUUUAAAAUUUAUAUAAUUUACAGUUGUGUAACUUGUUUUUCAAACACAAAGAUGCACUAUUUGAGUAAAUAUACUAUAUGGACAAAAGUAUCAGGACACCUGACUUUCACCAACAGGGAAUUUUAUGACAUUGCUUUCUAAAUACAUGGACCUUAACAUGUAGUUGGUCCCUUCUUUGAAACUCUGCUUCCACUCUUGUCGGACAUUCUGUGACAAGAUUUUGGGAUGUUUCUGUUGAAAUUUUUGCCCAUUCAGUAGAGCAUAUGUGAGGUCAGGCACUGAUGUUGGACUAAAAGGCCUGGCUCACCAUACCCUUUCCAGUUUAUUCCAAGGGUGUUUAAAAGGGUUGAGGUCAUCGUUCUGAUCUAGUAGUUAGGUGUGUUUUUAAAGAGAAAUGCCUAAAAGGAAAAAUACUUUGCAGUACUUAACACUCCUUUCUGAUAUGGUGCAAAUGACAAGGAUUGUUCGAAUCUGUUCAUCAGGUCUUAAAGGUGAUGACACAUUAAUGGCAAAGGUCUACAAGAUAGUGAGACUUCCCUCUUCCUUCCCACUUUCCUGUCUACCUGCUGCUGCUACCUUUUGGAGAUACUGAGUGAGCACAGGGCUUACGCGUGAAACCAUUUAGAUUAAGACCUAGUUAGCUUGAAUAUGAAGCAUGGCUGUAACAGGGCAUUUAUUGCUGAUAAGGGGAAGAUGGGUGCAGGGACAUAGCUAGGAAGAGGAUGAUGGCUCCAGGGGAUAUACAUUGCUUGGGAGGUAAAUAAGAAUACAGGGGAGAGAAACACAGCAAGCAACGUGGAUGGCUAGGAGAGAAACAUGGAUCCAGGCGUUUAGGUGACUUGAUGGACAUGGAUGGUAGGAAUAGGGAUGGAAAUAAUGUGGGGGGCACAUUUAUUGCUGGAGAGAGCACAUGAGCUCAUGGGGCAUUGGGGGUGAGGAAAUAAUUAGUUUUUAAAGAAUCCUCUUUUAAAUAGUUUUAACCUUUUUAAUGUCAAGUCAAUGACUAGUUUUUCUUUAUAAAGCAAAGUUUAUCAGAUUCUGUGGUCUGAACAUUUGUGUAUAGGGGUAAUGUGUUUUCAUAUUGUGUUUGCAUGCAUCUCAAUACUGCCCUUAGUGACUGAUGCUUUUUUAAUAUUCUGUGCACUUGUAACUGAGGCCUCUUUUUUUUUUUUAGCACUUUUGCUAUGUGUUUGUUCCACUGCGUACCUCCCAAGUGUCCUUCUUCUUUAGGAGGGACAGUCCCUAGUUUGGGUUCAAAUCUCUGUCCCACUUUUGAGGGAGCAGACAGAUGGAUACUGUGAGCACGGAUACUCUUAGGAGACAGGAGGCCUGCGAGAGGUGCUGGUUCUACUGGCUCGAGUUUUUGACCUUAGCUACCGUUCAGACAUAUGGGCAACUGGCAGGAAAUGGGGAUGGAGAGGCACUCUAGCUCAUCUCUAUAACAAAGUUCUUAUGAAUCGCAGCCUUUGGAAGCCCUAACCUUUUGGCCUGGAAGGCGAAACAGCCCGGGGGAUGUUUCAUUAUUCAUAGAAGUGUUGAUUUCUCAUAUAAAUUGGCACUUUUGUAAACUGUCAUUAUAAUGGGAUACUCUUCACCCAUAAAGCACUUUUGCAAGAUAAAGUGCUUUAUGGGUAUGGAAUGGUCCUUUAAGGAUGAAGGCAAUUGUCCAACUGCUGUACCAAAAUAAAACUAUAGAAUUUUUACACUAACCGAAAUUUAACUUUAACCAUAUUAAAAUAGUAACAGUACUCAGAGAGAUUCCCUCAGCUGACUUCAGUACUGUCAUCAGCAGAGGGAUAUCCCAGCUCAUACAGUACUGAGCGUCUUCUACUGUGUGAUUGCCGAAUGAAAAAGAGAUUUCCCUCUCAUGCUGCAGCUCCCGCACGCUCUCCUUGCCUAUCCCUAAGGGAUUGGUGCUGGGCACCUGACAAAGCCUGGUGCUGAUCACUAUUGUCAGGGGGUCAUGCAGAGAAAGCAUGUACCUCAGAGUGGGGGCAGGCUGAGAAUCCAUGUGUCUCAGUGUAAUUGUGCAGCCGUGGUGAUUUAAAGGCUAUUUUCAGGGCUCACUUUGAGCAGUCAGUCUGGGCCUACUAAAUAUAGCUCCAACUGGCAGAGGGGAGCCCCGGGUAUCUAUUUCGUACUGGAGUCUCCUCUGUGUGAGCAGAGACUAAACCCUGCACUAGACAAAACUACAGGAUGUUCCACUCCAGAUUUGGAUUUUACUGAAUCACCCAAACACAGAAAUACCCCAUAUACAUACUUUUGUCAGGAUGUUUGGGAACUUUAUACGGUCAAACCGUAGAACCUAAUUUUAAGAUGUCUUUUUGCUUGCUUGCCAGAGAUGCUGUUUAUUAAAGUAGCCCUAGUUUAAGAAGUGUUUAGUAGUUUGGCCGCCUAUCACUGUGAUCACAUUGCCUCAAAUGGACCGCUAAGCCAUGGCAUUAUUGGGAUUGGCUUCCAUACAGAUCACAGCAUGUGCCGGAAAGCUGUGACAGCCUGUGUUCCAGUGUUUGGGCAUCUUCUGGAAAGCUAUUACUGGAUGUGUCAUAUUUGAGACAUCCAGCAAUAUCCCAAUACAUACACUUCUGUGUGCCACCAAUGAAUAUCUAUGGCAGCCAGCAACCGAUGACUAUGGCAUUUUGCAAUUGGAUGCCUUGGGUAGCUUGGGGGAAAUGUUAUUGCCAAUCAGUCCUACUAGUCUGGAAAUAGAUCAGUCUCCAGCUUUGGGGUGGGUGGAGGGUUUAAUGGUAGCCAUAAGUUGUAUAACUUUGGCCACCAUAAACUUUAUUUGUGACAGGUAUGUAUACACUACAAACAAAACACAUUGUGUAAGGUGCUUCACAAUAAAGUUAAAAAGGUGACCAAAAUUAAGUGAAUUGUGUGACUGAUAUAAAAGUGCUUCCCCAACACUAAGCAUAAAAUACCAAAAAGAAAAAAUAUAUAUCAGUAUAUACACAAAUCCCCGUGAGACAAAUGGUGUCAAAUAAAUAUAAAUGAUAUAAAAUAUACAAAUGUAAUAAUGGGAAAUACCUAAAUUAAACAAAUAAACAACAUAGUGUGAAUUGUAUAAAACAAUGAUCGUUCAAGCAAACGUAGGACUACCACUCACAUGGCCCAGAGCCGUACCAGGCUCUGUAUCACAGGCUCGAGAGUGCCAAUACUGGCUUUCGGUUCUACUUGGUAGAUAGUAGGAGAUGGAACUUUAGACAUGUAGUCAAAUACAUUUUUUUGGAUAUUACAAAUAAAAAAACUCAAGGUACAUAGGUUGAAUGGGAGUGGAACUAAAAAUAAAAAAUCAACUGAUAAAAACAAAGUUCCACUCACCAUAAAGACGAACAUUUUGAUUUGCUAUCAGCACUGGAAGAAGGCUUAUUAAGCCAAAACGCAUCUACUGUAUUUAAUCUUUUACAUUUGUUUAUUAUACUCCUGGUUACUGCUUCUGUGGUGGUGAGUGGAACUUUGUUGUUGCAGCUCCUGUCAUUGACCUGUACCUGGCCAGCCCGGUCCCCACUGGACCCCAAGGAAGCCACCCACACUGCUAGAUAUACACAGAGAUGCAGCAUAAGCCUCCACUCAUACAAAUAAUAUGAACAGCCCACACACAAACACACACCUAAUCCACACAAAUGUUACAGCACUAACAAUCCACAUACAUGCACACAAACCCACAUGCAGUCUCUCAAAUUCAAUACCCCAAACAGACCCACACAUACACACACUACCAAACACACAAUGUGACAUCCACACACACAAUUCCACAAGCAUACCCCAUACACAACCCACAUUCAAACUACGCAAAUUACUCAUGAACAUAUACAAUAUAAUAGCUCAUAUACACACAAAUACAAUCAUACAAAGCAACUGCAGUAUAAAUAACACAAGCAGAAUACGGCAACAUACACACCUCAGUUAAAAAAAAAAAAACGAAUAGGACUGGCACGCUAUGGGACAUCACAAUCCUAGUUCGGCACAGUGCUGCUAAAAGGUUGCCUACCCCUGUACUAGGGGUACCCUGACUCCCAGGUCAAGGGAGGAUCAAUUUUUCAUUGUUUUGUCUCGUACCAGGAUCCAACCUGUUACCAAGACUCUUCUCAUGCCGGCUGAACGACAUCCUGACUUCUGCAAAGAUGUAGACGCUUGAUGCAGAUCCUGUAGUUAAUCCAGUCAGCCUCUGUGCACAUCAUUAACAUGAGCCAGCUCAGAAGCUGGAUAAUUAAGGGUGCCAGAGGUGGGAUUGGAAAUUGCAUCAAUAGUGAUUAGAUUGAAAGAAAAAUAACACAACUGAUCAUGAUCUACCAGGCUGCUUGCAAACAACACCUCUUCUGUGCUGUAGUGGUCAUGGUGCCAGUAAUGCCCUGGCACCCCUUCAGGGUAAGUAGCCAAAUCUUUUGCUAAUGGUUUGACUUUUACCCAUGCUCUGAUGGCACUGAUCACUGUGUCUAUGGCAGCUGGAAUCUCUCCGAUAUGAUCUAAGCCCUGCAGGCAAAAGGAUGCUUCCGACUCUCCAUAGAGAAAGUGACUUGUGCCUGGCGUACCCCAGGUUAGAAGUAAAAUGGUUUAAUUACUUUCACUGGAGGGAGCUAUGGCACUCAUGGCACCAUAACCACUACAGCGUAUUCCUUUACAUGUUUAGAAAUGGUAAAUUGAUCAUUAUAAACAUCCCUACUUGCAGGAACAAUAUGUCUUUUAUAAUAUGUUAAAUAUGCCUCUUAAUUCCAAUAUUGUUUUCUAAAUGUAGCCAUUCUAACUUAAUAUGAUACUAAGAAAUAUCUGACAUAUCUUUCUUCUAACAUUGCCAGAUGGACUUUUUUGCUAGAGAUAAAAAUAUAGUUGUUUUCAGUUUGUAAUAUUUGCAUGUAAGUGAUAAUUUAUACCACAUCAUCUCAAUAUUUAAACAAUCAACAGGAUCUGUUUUGCUACACUGUGACAGGCGAAUGAGCAUUCUUGAAAUAAACUGAGAAAGAAGUCCUCUAUUAAAGGAACACUCUAAAAUUAGAGUGUUGUUAUAACUAUACAGAAUUUCAGUCACCAGGAAGUGAAAUAAACAAAGCGUUUACCUUCAUUUCCCCAGGCGUGCUCAUCUCUGGAGGCUAGUGCACAUGCACAGCAAAUGCGGCGAUGCUUCCACUUUUAUCUCCUCAUUGUGAUGCAUCUCUGUGGGGAGCGUUCAGCGUCUCCAUAGCGUAAAGAUACUAAACAUCAGUCCUGCAAUCUUUGCAGGACCAAACCUUGGAUGUCCCUCUAAUGGCUGUCAGAGUGACAACCACUACAAGUGGGGCUGGCCAGCAGAGUUUUGACUGAGUAAACUGGAAGUGCCAAUGUGUAAUGACAAUUCUAAGCGGCAGCACACAUUUUUGCCCUGCACUAUACACAGCUCGAUCUCAUGAAGGUAAAGAAGCAGAUUCUGGCUUUAACUGAACUGUUGCACGUUUUUGAAAAUCUCACGGAAAGUAUAAUGGCAUCUGCUACAAAUCUAGACUGGUAGAUAAUAAAGAAUGUACUUCCGGAACAUGAGUAUGACAUCAAAUGGAUCCUUUACUGGCAACUUUGUGUAUUUGUUACAUUCAGCACCUGUGUAAAUAAAUGAUCCAGAGUUUUCUUUGUGUGUGUGUAUAUAUAUGAACAAAAUUAUAAACGCAACACUUUAGUUUUUGCCCCUUAUUUUUCAUGACCUGAACUCAAAGAUCUAAGACUUUUUCUAUGUACACUAAAGGCCUAUUUCUCUCAAAUAUUGUUCACAAAUUUGUCUAAAUCUGUGUUAGUGAGCACUUCUCCUUUGCCGAGAUAAUCCAUCCACCUCACAGGUGUGGCAUAUCAAGAUGCUGAUUAGACAGCAUGAUUAUUGCAAAGGUGUGCCUUAGGCUGGCCACAAUAAAAGGCCACUUUAAAAUGGUCAGUUUUAUCACACCGCACAAUGCCACAGAUGUCGCAAGUUUUGACUGCAGGAAUGUCCACCAGAGCUGUUGCCCGUGAAUUGAAUGUUUAUUUCUCUACCAUAAGCCAUCUCCAAAGGUGUUUCAGUGAAUUUGGCAGUACAUCCAACCAGCCUUACAACCGCAGACCACGUGUAACCACACUAGUCCAGGACCUCCACAUCCAGCAUCUUCACCUCCAAGAUCGUCUGAGACCAGCCACACGGACAGCUGCUGCAACGAUCUGUAUGCAUAACCAAAGAAUUUCUGCACAAACUGUCAGAAACAGUGUCAGGGAAGCUCAUCUGCAUGCUCGUCGUCCUCAUCGGGGUCUCGACCUGACUGCAGUUCAUCGUCAUAACCGACUUGAGUGGGCAAAUGCUCAAAUUCGAUGGCAUCUGGCACUUUGGAGAGGUGUUCUCUUAACGGAUUAAUCCCGGUUUUCACUGUACAGGGCAGAUGGCAGUGUGUAUGGCGUCGUGUGGGUGAGCAGUGUGCUGAUGUCAACGUUGUGGAUCGAGUGUCACAUGGUGGGGUUAUGGUAUGGGCAGGUGUAUGUUAUGGACAAUGAAUACAGGUGCAUUUUAUUGAUGGCCUUUUGAAUGCACAGAGAUACCGUGACGAGAUCCUGAGGCCCAUUGUUGUGCCAUUCAUCCACGACCAUCACCUAUUGUUGCAGCAUGAUAAUGCACGGCCCCAUGUUUUAAGGAUUUGUACACUAUUCCCGGAAGCUGAAAACAUCCCAGUUCUUGCAUGGCCAGCAUACUCACCGGACAUGUCACCUAUUGAGCAUGUUUGGGAUGCUCUGGAUAAGCGUAUACGACAGCGUGUUCCAGGUCCUGCCAAUAUCCAGCAACUUCGCACAGCCAUUGAAGGGGAGUGGUCCAACAUUCCACAUGCCACAAUCAACAACCUAUCCAAAGGAGAUGUGUUGCACUGCGUGAUGCAAGUGGUGGUCACACCAGAUACUGACUGGUUUUUGGACCCCCCGGACCCUACAAUACAGUAAAACUGUACAUUUUAGAGUGGCCUUUUAUUGUGGCCAGCCUAAGGCAUACCUUUGCAAUAAUCAUGCUGUCUAAUAAGCAUCUUGAUAUGCCACACCUGUGAGGUGGAUGGAUUAUCUCGGCAAAGGAGAAGUGCUAACACAGGUUUAGACAGAUUUGUGAACAAUAUUUGAGAGAAAUAGUCCUUUUGUGUACAUAGAAAAAGUCUUAGAUCUUUGAGUUCAGGUCAUGAAAAAUAAGGGGCAAAAACUAAAGUGUUGCGUUUAUAAUUUUGUUCAGUGUGUGUGUAUAUACAGUUGCAAGAAAAAAGUAUGUGAACCCUUUGGAAUGAUAUGGAUUUCUGCACAAAUUGGUCAUAAAAUGUGAUCUGAUCAUCAUCUAAGUCACAACAAUAGACAAUCACAGUCUGCUUAAACUAAUAACACACAAAGAAUGAAAUGUUGCCAUGUUUUUAUUGAACACACCAUGUAAACAUUCACAGUGCAGGUGGAAAAAGUAUGUGAACCCUUGUAUUUAAUAACUGGUUGAACCUCCUUUGGCAGCAAUAACUUCAACCAAACGUUUCCUGUAGUUGCAGAUCAGACUUGCACAAUGGUCAGGAAUAAUUCUGACCGUUCCUCUUUACAGAACUGUUUCAGUAAAGCAAUAUUCUUGGGAUGUCUGGUGUGAAUCGCUUUCUUGAGGUCAUGCCACAGCAUUUCAAUCGGGUUGAGGUCAGGACUCUGACUAGGCCACUUCAGAAGGCGUAUUUUCUUCUGUUUAAGCCAUUCUGUUGUUGAUUUACUUCUAUGCUUUGGGUCAUUGUCCUGUUGCAACACCCAUCUUCUGUUGAGCUUCAGCUAGUAGACAGAUGGCCUUAAGUUCUCCUGCAAAAUGUCUUGAUAAACUUGGGAAUUCAUUUUUCCUUUGAUAGCAAUUCGUCCAGGCCCUGACGCAGCAAAGCAGCCCCAAACCAUGAUGCCCCCAAAACCAUACUUCACAGUUGGGAUGAGGUUUUGAUGUUGGUGUGCUGUGCCUUUUUUUUCGCCAAACAUAGUGUUGUGUGUUUCUUCCAAACAACUCAACUUUGGUUUCAUCUGUCCACAGAAUAUUUUGCCAGUACUGCUGUGGAACAUCCAGGUGCUCUUGUGCAAACUGCAAACGUGCAGCAAUGUUUUGUGUGGACAGCAGUGGCUUCCUCUGUGGUAUCCAUUCUUGUUUAGUGCUUUAUGUAUUGUAGAUUCGCUAACAGGGAUGUUAGCAUUUGCCAGUGACUUUUGUAAGUCUUUAGCUGACACUUUAGGAUUCUUCUUCACCUCAUUGAGCAGUCUGCGCUUUGCUCUUGCAGUCAUGUUUACAGGAUGGCCACUCUUAGGGAGAGUAGCAGCAGUGCUGAACUUUCUCCAUUUAUAGACAAUUUGUCUUACCGUGGACUGAUGAACAGCAAGGCUUUUGGAGAUACUUUUAUAACCCUUUACAGCUUUAUGCAAGUCAACAAUUCUUAAUCGUAGGUCUUCUGAGAGCUCUUUUGUGCGAGGCAUCAUUCACAUCAGGCAAUGCUUCUUGUAAAAAGCACUGUUGUGUGUUUUUUAUAGGGCAGGGCAGCUGUAACCAACACCUCCAAUCUCAUCUCAUCUCAUUGAUUGGACUCCAGUUGGCUGACAUCUCACUCCAAUUAGCUCUUGGAGAUGUCAUUAGUCUAGGGGUUCACAUACUUUUUUCACCUGCACUGUGAAUGUUUACAUGGUGUGUUCAAUAAAAACAUGGCAACAUUUCAUUAUUUGUGUGUUUAUUAGUUUAAGCAGACUGUGAUUGUCUAUUGUUAUGACUUAGAUGAUGAUCAGAUCACAUUUUAUGACCAAUUUGUGCAGAAAUCCAUAUCAUUCCAAAGGGUUUACAUACUUGCAACUGUAUAAUACGGUACUCUGUAAUAUGUGCAUAUUGACAUAGUUAACAUCUCACUCUUCUCUAAUGCUUAGUUAGAUUUUUUUUGUUUUGUCUCUAGAACAAACUGCUGAUUUUCCUUGACCCUACUGGCACCCAGAUCACUUUAUUUAAAUUAAGUGACACAUCACUGUUGUUUUAGCUUUCAGGGUUAAAUCAUUACUGUUCUGCAGGAAUGGCAAUUAUAAAUUGCAGGAUAAAAAUGUCUAUAGUGCCAUUCCCUUUGACAGCCACUAGAGGCACUUUUGCACAUGUGCGCCAGCCUUCUAAUACUUUCCUAGGAGAAAGCAUUGCUUUGGUUGAGAUCAUCAAUCUUGACAGUCCCUGCGAGAGGGAGAAAAGGUAAGUAAAACUACGGGUUUACUCCUUACAGGUUUGGGGUCUGGCACCUGUACAGUUAAGAGGGCACUAUAGCAUUGGGAAUGUACAAUUGUAUUCCUAAUGCUACAGUAUUUCUUUAAACUAUCUCACAGUUCUAGUAAAUAUGUGAUCAUACACUUACUAUAAACCUUCCAUUACCUCUCACCAAUUUGUUGCAAGGAAAUAUGUGGACUGUGCAAACCAUUGAUGUAAACUGAAGUCACUGGUGAAUUAUUCUGAUAGAAACAAGCUUUAGAAAAUAUGAGGCCUGUGGACAAAUCUGUAUGAAGAUUUUUUUUUUUUUUUUUUUCAUUCCAAUUCCUUUUUAAGUGUCAGUGACACAAGGCAAGACAAAUUGGUGGUUAUGGUUUACACCGUUUUAAUCUUGAUGAUCUCAGCCAAUCCAAAACUUUCCCAUUGUAAAGCAGUUGGAGGCUGAUGCACAUGCGCAGCAAGCACUGGACUAAGAAGCACGUCUAGUGACUGUCUGAGUGACUACCACUAGAAGUGUUACUAGGCAGCAAUGUAAACACUACCUUUUCUCUGAAAAUGCUGUGCUUUCAUUAAAAAGCCUGCAGGGGCAGGCUAUACACUCCAGAACCACUACAUUAAACUGUAGUGGUUCUGAUGACGAUCGUGUCCCUUUAGGAUCUGUUAUUUGUGUUAAAAAUAAUACUUUGCUAGUUUAAAAAAACAACAAAAAACUGGCUUCUAUUUUUUUUUUUUUAACUGGCUCCUAGAUACAAAGUAAAUUUGUCAAGCCCAGUGAUAACCUACUAUUUGACAUACAGGCAAGUGACAUGAACUUUGAACUACAAAUCUAUUAAUGUGCUAACUUUUCUGCUAAAGAAAUAAAAAAAAAAAAAGUAAUCUUUUUAUAUAGAGCCAAGUUCUGCUGGGCAUGACAGGCACACUUUGAAAGCCACAGAUUCCAGAUAAGAACGAAAGCCUAAAAUUUAAAAUUCAAUUGUACAGGUGACUACUCAGUAUUAGAGAUGUCGCGAACGGUUCGCCACGAACCGUUCGUGGCGAACUCUGGUCAGCUGACACAUUCCUGCCAAUCUCCGGCAGACCCUCCCUCCCAGACCCUCCCACCUCCUGGACAGCAUCCAUGUUGAAGCUGCCUUCAACAUGGAUGCUGUCCAGGAAGUAGGAGGGUCUGGGAGGGAGGGUCUGCUGGAGAUUGGCCGAGAUGUGUCAGCUGACCGGAGUUCACCGCGAACGGUUCGUGGCGAACCGUUCGCGGACGGUUCGCGACAUCACUACUCAGUAUAUUUUCUAGUUAUUCAUAGCUCAGCUGUAUCAAUCAACAUCUCUAUACCAAUUAAUUCGUAUUUUAAUUUCCUUAUUCAGAGUUGUCAUUUUCUGACAUCUGAAGGGACACUUCAAAUGGAUUUUUAUAUCAGGAUAUAUUUCAAAGGGUUUAUUCAGUAAACAUUGAAUUGUUUGAAAACAGAAUUUUCCUGAUGUAGGCAAUAAUACAGAGACUCCCUCUGCGUUUCUUACCUCUCUGCCUCCCGCGAUGUCACGGAGGAAGCAUGGUCUUUCCACUGAUCUCCAGUCCUCGGCACCUUAUGGUGCAGCAGCUGGACAUAGUGCAUGAGCAUUCAAACUUACCCAUAGGAAAGCCUUGAAUCCAUGCUUUCCUCUGGGGCUUAUACAUCACGUGACCAGGUUUUACUUGGUCAGUGCAGCAGAUGGGCCUCUAGUGACAACCACUAGAAGCAGACUAAUAAAUGUUUUACAUUGCAGGACUAAAAGUACAGGGACACUGCACCCAGACAACAUCAUUGAGAUGAAGUGGUCUGGGUGACUAUAGUGUCCCUUUAAUUGAAGAACUUAUUUAUUUAAAUACAUAUUUUACUUUAUUUUCUCCGAAAUCUUAACAAUUCACUGUUUGCUUAAUUAACCUACCUUCUAUUUAUCUAAAUAAAUAUUAGCCUCCUCAAUAUUGAGAUAGUCAAUUUAUAAUUAUUGUGCAAUAAUUGGAUUUCUAACCUUCUUUUUUUUUUUAGGGUUCUUGUUUACAAUGAUAAGUUAUUGAAGCAGGUCUAUUUUAAAUAGUGUUAUGUAUUUAUUUGAAAUUGGGAGAGGUUUUGCUACUUUUUUAUUUAAAAUUAAAGAGAGAAUAAAAAAUACAACUAACUAUUGUGCACAAGCAUUAACAGUAAAUCCUUUUGACCAGUUAAUACUCAGAUUAAGGUGACUCAGUUGCAGGUGACUUGUUUCUGUGCAUAAUUAACUAAACCACACAAUUGUGGCUGCAUUCUAGUGUAUAUCUCAUUGUGUGUCUCCCUAUGAUUCCCACACACUGGCAUGUUUCUUUUCCAUUAAAUAGUUUUGAGGUUGUACUUUUGGGUUUUUGUUUUGUUUUUUUACGGAGAGGAUGCGUUGAUUUUAUUGGGAGAUAAGAGCCCUGGGAACAUAAAUGUUUCUUGUGGCCUUACUUUAACUCUUUAACAAUUCAAGGAACACUCCAAACAACUCGAGCACUUUAGCCUACUGAAAUGCUUUGUGUGAAGAGUGUCUUUUAGUUUUCAUUUUACAAAAGUGUGUAUUCCAAUAGAAAUUAACCUUGUUAUACACACUGUUUGUUCCUGGUUAUUUAGCUCAGUUUAGCUAGUUAGCUAGUUACCUAGCUAAUUUCAAUAGGCAGGCAAAUACUCAGGCGCACCUGCCUUGCAAAGACGUCUCAUUGAGAAGUCUGCAAUUGGACAGCCAUAUAAAGUCGGGGUUGGGUUAGAAGGGGAAGGCUUUCGUAGGUGGCAGACUGCAAAUCUGCUCAUUUUGCGAGCUGCUUUUUGAUGUACCGCCAAUGAAAAAACAAUUAAAUGCAUGUAUGUUUCUUGUUAAAUUGUGUGUGUGUGUGUGUUAGUGUCCCUGUAAUGGUACUUUGCAGCUGAACACAGAAUCUGUGUUUAUUGUAGCUCAUAUGUUUGUGUACACAUGAUAUGUGAGGGAGGGUGAAUGCUCACGUGCCCUUUUCUUACAAUUCUUUGAUCAUUUCAUUGAGAACUCAAGUGCUGGAACAAUCAUUCUAUUCAGAACUACUCUAUUUUGUGGCAGAUUCCUUAGGGGAGUUUGUGUUUGAAAAACUGCUGCUUUGAAAGCAAUGUCUGUAGAAUACAUGCACAGUACUUUAAUUCUUCUAUUGGAGCUGCAUUUUCGCAUUAAAGUUUUGCUGUGAUCUUUCCAGGGGUGGGACUGUUUUAAAACAUUUUAGGUGACCUGCUGGUGAAAAUCUAUUCAACUAAAAUGUAAUUUAUAACCAGAACAAUGUAUCUUAUUACACAGACUGAUUGCUAAACACCGUUUUAUUGUAAAUAAGACACAUUACUGUGAUUAUUAUUGCUAUGGAGCUCUGUUAUACACUCAGACACACCAACAAUAUGGAGGUCCAAGAAAAGGGGGACAUUAGGAUAGAAAAGGGGUACCGAAGGGAUAUGUGCCCAAAAUAGGGAGUGUCUAUCGUAAAUUGAGACACUUGGGAGGUAUGUUCAGAUCAUUACAGGUGCAAUUUUAAUAAAUAUAUAUUUUUUUAAUUUUAUUUUUAAACGUUCUGUUGCUUUUAAAGCCAUGGGCCAUCUUGAUUCUUCGUACUCUCCAUUGUAUUCUUCUUUCCCAGCUCUCCCCAGUGUCUCUGUCAUCAUAUUCUCCCUGCCACCUUUAAUUCCACGUGUUGUACCCCAAGUUUAUUUUCUCUGUCUGUUUUCAUAUAAUCAUACCUCUUAUGGAAAAGUUAACACUUUCUUUUGUAUUGCGUUAUAAUCUAUAUGCAGAUGACACUUUGCAGGUACUUCUUCCCAGAUCUCUAUCUAUACAUUACAAACUUAUCUCUGGUGGGAUGUCUGCCCAGCUUUUGGAAAUUUAGAGGGGGAUUUUGCAAAAUGUCAUGCUCUAAAAAGUGGGACAGAGUUCUUAAAGUAACCAUUCACUAUGGAAACCAGGAGAACCAACCCUUCAUUAGUGUACAAUUAUGCACACUUUUUAGAACCUGACACUUUGAUAAAUCUUCCCAACAGUCUCUUCGGAAUGGCGAUGUUUCCUCUUUUAAGGGUAAACCUAUGUGUCAUCCUCACUUCGACUCCGUGUACUAUAAACUCUUCACCUCUAACCAGCUGGCUGGGAGUCAUUGUUUUAAUUUUCUUUUCACUGCAAAUCACUUGGUGAACUGAUGAGUUAUAAAUCAAUCAUAUGAACCAAAAUUGAGUGAAAACUCUUACCAAACAUCAUAUGUAAUUUUCCUAAUGACUAAGCAAAGUUUGUAUUAGUGCACGUAUAAUCAUGCAUUACACUCUUCAUGUCCAUUAUUCCUAAACUUAUGUCACAAUUUUCCCAUUGAAGGAAAAUAAAGAUGGUGCAAUGCAUAAUUAAUGAGCAGAUUUCAAUGUCCUGUAUAAGUAUGCAAAAUAAACCAAAACCACCCCACUGGCAUUGCACUGUUAAAGUAUGUUAACACGAGAUGUUUUUAGAUAUACCAGUACCUCUGCACCGUAUAUGAGAAAUAGUUAUGUUGAUGUACAAUGUUAAUAGCUUGUAGGUAUUAAGAUCACAUUUUAUUAUUGCUUCAUCACCAUUUGUAGUUUAUUUCCCUUGUAGACAAACUGUGUGUUAAGAGGAUUGGUCGUAGCUUGACGGCAGCCCUGCAGUGUAAAGAAAUUGUAAUGCUUUUGACUGACAGCAGAGGGUGUGGAGAUUUUUUUUUUUUUUUUUUAUUCUGGGGGAGCUAAAUUUUAGGUUGGGUAGAUGUCAAAGUGAUCUGCCUUUAAAGAACCACCCCCAUUGCCAUGAUGUUAUUUAUGUUGUCCUACUUGGAUGCCUUUGCCUGGAUAUAGAACAGCUGCUCUUAGGAGCAGAGAAUAACUUUUUUUUUUUCUAGACAGAUUUUUUUUUAUUUUUCAAGAGCAGGCCUGGUCUUCAUGCAAGAACAGAUUAAGUGAUUAAAGGUAAUUUUCUUGUUUUCAAAUAUCGAUAGAUAAAUAAUAGAUUAUUUUCUAAUAUUAUCUUCCCCUUUUAAAUGUUUUAUUUGUUCUUUUGUCUGGGGUUCGAUUUAUUUUAUUUAUUUUGUAGUACAAAGCUGGCUGAAAUGAUUUAUUUUUUAUUCUAUUUUUAAAAAAUUAUUUGUAUUUUUAUCUAUGAUGAUACAUAAGGUUCUGGAGCACAGAUGAUCAGUUUUUUAACUGUUUAUCAAACUGAGCCUUUUGUUAUUCUUUAGCAUUGUUGCAGUGUUUUGUACGAAUAAGGAAUGGCUGUAUUCGAGUGAGAAACCUAGUCACAGCUUUUAGUAUUUGCUUAGUUUAUCUUGAAGGCAGUUUGUACAUUUGCAGUCAGUGCAGGCUUAUCUUUAUUACAGGAAAUAAACAUUUGCAUUUGUAUAUAAGAUGAAUCCUAAAACAGCUUUUAUUGGUGUGCUGAUUGCAUUGUGGAAAUUGAGAUUUUUAUUAAAAAAUAGUUUUAAAAAAAAAAAAUGUAUUUUUGUUAAUGUUUGUUACAGCUGCUGUCUCUACCUAGCUACAUACUAUACAUUUCCUGUUUAGGUCAUAAUAUUUUUAUUAUAGUUUUUAUUUACGUACUGUUUUACAGAAUCAAAAUGGUAAAAAAAAAAAAAAAAUUCCUCUAACAGACAAACAAAAGAAACGAGACAGAACAUGUAAUGAUUAAACACACCUUCAACAAGCUUCAACUGAAAAGAGACCAGAGACAGCCUGUGUGGAGACUUUAAAACAAUGGGACAUUUUCCCAACGGCCCAGUACAGUGAAACGCAUAACACAUUAUGACUUCCGUGCACUGGGACUAAAAGGUAGAGCAAUCACUUGCUUGGAAUACGAUUUUGCAUAGGCACACUCCUAUCCCAUGCUGGCAUGGUCUUGUUUGGUACAUAAACAGCAACAGUGAGUCUAAUGAGGAAUUAUGUGCUCUUUUUCUUUCACGCAUUGAUCAUUUUAGCAUCUGAAGUUAGUUUUUCCGCGCUGCUUGGUAAGACUGCUGAUAUUGUGUCUUCAGAGGCUUAAAAAAAGAAAAUCUGGUUUAUGACAAAUCCUGAACAAAACAGGUGGUGAAAGAAAUGAAUAAUGUUCCGCUAUCAUAUGCGUCCUCCAUAUUAAGACCAAUGUAAAAAAAGAAUUGGAUUUAAAGAACAGAGAAACACUAUAGGGGUUUCUACAGUAAACACGAAUUUGUGAUGAAUUCAAAAUCAAUAGGUAAAAUAGCCAAGCUAUGGAUAUUUUUCCAAAUCAGCAGCUGAGGCUUAGAUCUUGCAGUUUUGUUUUCAAUUCAUUAGAGUUUGCGCUUUACUAAAUAAAAUCACAUGUUGUCAAUCACUUUAGUAGCGCAAGAAAGAGCCUCUUAAAAGGACAUGUACAUCUCUCAUGUGCUUCCUAGAUUGGAGUUUAACUCGUUGAAACAAUCCUUCCGUUUUGCGCGAACCCUAUAGAAAAGUAUUGAUUCAGUGCUUUCCUAUAAGGAAGGACUAAUGCGUCCGUGUCACUUGCUGCGCAUGUAUGCGCUUUAGGUUUACGGAUCUCAGUGUCAUUGAGGGACCUCGACGCUGGAAUUGCGUAAGUUGGGGGGAAGUUUUGUUUUUCCCCACUUUAUUUGCCAGCCGGGGAGGGUGAAAGGGAAGGCGGACGCAGACAGUUUUGUAUUCCUGACACUAUAGUGUUCCUUUCAACUAUUGAGCUCACGUAUUGUGACACUUAUAAUCGGGGUUUUGUUGCUUUUAGGUAAAGUAAUACAUGAACAGAAAUAUGAACAUUAAAUAUUUUGAAUUUUUUAUUUUAGAGAAUUCAGUGGUUAGUUUAACAACAGCAGUAAAUCUACUCACGACUAUACUACCUAUUUAAUACGGGGUUCAUAGCUUUUUUUUUUUUUUUGGGGGUGACACUAGAGUUCUUGCGUAACUAUGAGCUAAGCACUGCUCAUUUUGGGUUAGCUCAGUGAAGAGAGCUUCUGGCUGCAGAGAGAAGUAUUGUGUGGCGCCCAGCUCACCCAGAUCUAAAUAAAAUCAAACGGUAAAUGAUUGGACUACUUAAAUUUGAGGUAGAAAUAAUUCGCCAUGGAACUCACAGCACAAUACCACUACAGUAUGUCCCUUUAUAGUGUUUUAUAAGUCUCAGAGAAUAUUUCAGAUUUUUUACGUUUAUACACAAUUGGCAAAAUAUUUUAAGGAGAGUAUACUAAAUAUAUUAAAUGAAACAUUUUGAAGAGUUAAAAUGUAUGGUUAAAACAUUUGUUUUAAUCAAAUUUAUUUUUAUGACCUGCUGUCACUGACAGAAUUAACAUACAAGCUAUAAAAAAAAAGAUUGGGACAAGCACUGUCUUCAGCUAAUUUUCUCACAAACCAUUUUCUGUAUCCAAUAUCGGGGUCAAAUUAUAAGUGCUGAGAAAGUUACCAAGACAUGGAUAUCCAGGAAUCGCCCAUCUCUACCGUCCACUAUAAUAACAUUAAAGAAAUAUGUUUGAUGUUUCAAAUAAAGUCACACUAGUGGUGGAAGUCACUUAAGCACUUGGAUUUUGAAAUUGUUGAAGUAUAGAUUUCACUUUUAACAGCAGUAGCCUCUUCUGCUACAUAAUAAGAAUAAUCUCUUCCUUUUGGACUUGUUAAUUCUAAAUUGAAAAAUUGGUUGGGGCCCAAUAAAGCGGGAACGUGAAUUAAGUGUUUUAAGUUUUUCAUGUAGACCCAGUUCAUGUAUUCACUUAAAAAAAAAAAAAAAAUCUAUUUUGUUUAAUUAUUUCAGUUAAAACACCGCAAAUAAAAAAAAAAUAUGUAUGCUAUAUAAUGUUAUUAUUUGUGUUAAAUAAAACGUUUUUUGUAAUUCUCCAAAAUGAAUGAUUAACCUAUUAAAUUAAGAUCAGUUCUCAGGCAGGUUAUUAUUCUAAAUAUGAAAUCUUCAUCUGGUUACAAAGAUUUAACUACCAGCAAGAAUGAGUGUUUACAUUUGAAAAUCGUGAUUUAAAUCGAUUUUUACGGACGAGUAAUUUUACGGUAAAUCAAAGCCACCCUGGGGACUAACUAUGCUUUCUCUUUUUAUAUAUAUAUUUCUUUUCUUUUCUCAUGAGUGAUACACUGCAUAGGCCUGAAUUGAAGGAACAGAUCUAUUAAGCUCUUUUUGUUUUUAUGAAUUUAUAUUCUUGUCAUGUCAGGAACUGAUUACUGGGAAUAAUUUAGCUUUCACUGUAACAAGCUGCCUGUUAUAACUGAGCUGAAAUGAUCAAAUUGCCGAGCUAUUUAUAUAUAUAUACCGCUUUGUUUGCACCUUCAACCCAGCUUGCUGUUUUCACAGUAAAAACUGUUCAUGGUAUCAGCGCUGCGACUUGUGAGACGGUAAUCAUUAAAAUAAUGUCCUGUGUAAAGUCUUCCACAUACUAAAAUAGAUUUUAAAAAAUACCCAGAUUAACAAACGCCAUUAACAACUGGUCAAAGCCGAAAUUAGUGAUGAGUGAUGUGUUUUUAUUUAAACCUCCUUCCUGUCUUCAUUUUGUUAAACAAUUGUUUUUGGGGGGAUUUGUUUUGUGUUUUAUAGUGAUGCCCUACUUUUGAAUUUAAUUUAUUUUAUUUUUUUUCCACACACUGCUUUUACCUGAAAGCAAACUUCAAAUACAACAUGCUGAAAAUCUCCCCCCUCCCCCUUAUCCAAAAUGCUCCCACAUACCUUUCCGUUUGAGAUUUACAUUUACUUCAGACAUUUCUCUCCUCCCUCACAUGUUUUUCAUCUAAAUGUUCAGUAGCUUAUAAAUCAUUGUUUUUUUAAAUUUUUUGUGUUUUUGUUGUUUUAAGGUGUUGGGGCAGACUGAAAAAAUGUAAAAAGAAAUUAUGCAAAUGUGUUUACCAGUAGGUGGCUUCUCUGUGGAUUUCUCCCCUUCUUCCUGCCAAUGUUAGAUAAUUGUUUAUGAUAAUAGCAAGUCGUAUAAGAAAACUUGUACCAUCGGUCAUAAAACCGUUUGGUACUCAGCUGGUACUUUGCAAUAAUUUAGUCAGGCUUACUUCAAAAAGUAAAUGACCUCUCUAUUUAACUUCAUAUUUGUUGAAGGUACAUCUUUGUUGUGCGAUUCUGUUGUUGAUUGGAGAAGAAAGCAUUAUUUUUGGUUAUAUAUUAUAGUCUGCUCUUGUUUUCUUUUUCAAGCAAUUAUUUUUUUUUUAGGAUGCCUGGAAAGCUACAAUAUCUAAAUAUACAUAUAUAUGAAAAAUAUCUGUGUUGGUUAAUACCUGGUAGAGCAGUAACAUUGAACUUCUAUUUUGUCCUAUCUAGUCUGUAAACCUAUUGUUAUUGGGAAUCACAUUAGCUGAAAUGGACUGUUUAAAUAGACACUCCAUCACAAAAUUAUAUAUAUUAAAAAAGCACUAUUUAGUAUAACCCCGAUGAAGACAUGCAUGUAUUUAAAUAUGCAUAUUGUCACUGGGGGUAUAUCUAAAACCGCUUAUUAAAGCCCCACCAUCUUAAUUUUCAGUGAAAACCCUAACCUGUUGGUAGGUAUAGCUACAUAUUAAAUUAAAUACAGGGUUGUUCACUAAACACCAACUUUCUUGUCUGCAGUCUUUACACGUACUCUCCACCACCCUUUUCCGCUGCCCACUCUUUCUCUGGCUGUGGAAUCACAUACUUUCCUUACAAGGCAGGUGCUCUGGGCAAUUGCCUGUCUCUUAAGCUUAGCUCCUCUAAGCUAACCUGGGUGGUGGUGUAACAAUUUUGAUUGAAGUCUGCACUUUUUGUCAAAUUUCAAAAAGAGGACACACUCUUCAUAUAUAACACACUUUGGAAAGCUAAGGUGCUUUAGGUGUCUGGAGCAUUCCUUUAAUAUUUUCUAUUGGAAUUACUUUUCAAGGUUGUUUUUGUAGAUCUUCCGUUGCUGUCAAGGACCGUUUUAAUUACCGGGACACUUUUAACAGCAUAUCUCCAAACAUACAUGUGACGGAGCAUCAGGCAAAUAAUUAGCCAGUGUUUUGCAUUAUGAAGAACCGCUUUGAUGUGCUUGCUUAUUUCAUUAAGCAGUACAUUGUUUUAAACACAAUGCUUCUAUGGACUGGAGUAGAUGUGCACAGUGUUUAAAUGUCUGGUUUAGAACUAAUUUUCACCUCAAAUACCCCAUAUUAAACAGAGCAAUUAAACCUUGCUUAAACUUAAUUAUGUUAUAUAAUGCAUGCUUUUUGUCUUUGUCUGCUCCUCACAAUGUGGCUGUGCGUCUGAUUUUCUCGAAACUUCAGAUAUUUGACUAAGCUUUCCUUCCUAUGAUAUUUGGUCUUGUAUAUUGCUAUUCAGUGUUGGUCACUAGUGAUACCUAACCUUGGAUUGGGAUUCAAAUGUGCUCACCGUGCCCUGCCACAAAUUGUAUGUCACUGGGCAGAACGUGAUCAUGUGCCAGUUCAGUGAUCUUUGACUCCAAUUCCAGUGCUAUGCUUCUAAUGUUGGACUUUGUUGUAUUUUAAAAUGUGUGAAAUUCAAGAUAUUGGUCUUUAAGAGUUUAAUCCUUCAUAGGAGAAUUAGGCAUGGUGAAAUUAGUGAAUUGCUGUAAUUUUUUUUUAUUAAAAGGCGAAACUCAUUACUCCUUAUAUCUUGUUUGAGUGUUGCGAUCCCUCAAAGAAUGAGAUCCACACAAGUUUAAUGCAAAACAUAUAAAUACUGUGGCAUUGCAAACAACCCCCACCAUCUUAAUUUUCAGUGCAAACCCUAACCUGUUGGUAGGUAUAGCCACAUAUUAAAUUAAAUACAGGGUUGUUCACUAAACACCAACUUUUGUCUGGAUGACAAAAUUCGGUGAAAAGGACUAAAGCACAUUAACUUCCAGUAUUGCCAUCCAAACAAUGAAAUUUAGUCUGAGAGGAACCUUGCUCUCUAUCUGUAAUAUUUUCUAGUUGUUUAUUAAUGUUGCCAUUUCAAACUUUAUUAAUCUUGUGAUGUCUUUUACACACCAAUAGGAAAAAAAACAAAAACUCUUUGCAAUCACUGAGAGAGCUGAAGUAACUUCAUUCGGAAAGCACGCUGUAAAGGAUCAGGGUGACCUGCACUGUAUUUAGCUAAUCAAUAAUUCGACAUUCAUUAACUACUACCUUUAAGCAACCUGCAUUUCAGACCUUUACACACCAAUAAGAUAAAGUCCAAACUUCACAAUAAAACGUUUAAUGGAUAUUCUGUUGCAAGUUAAAGGGACACUAUAGUCACCUGAACAACUUUAGCUUAAUGAAGCAGUUUUGGUAUAUAGAACAUGCCCCUGCAGCCUCAUUGCUCAAUCCUCUGCCAUUUAGGAGUUAAAUCCCUUUGUUUAUGAACCCUAGUCACACCUCCCUGCAUGUGACUUGCACAGCUUUCCAUAAACACUUCCUGUACAGAGAGCCCUAUUUAGGCUUUCUUUAUUGCAAGUUCUGUUUAAUUAAGAUUUUCUUAUCCCCUGCUAUGUUAAUAGCUUGCUAGACCCUGCAAGAGCCUCCUGUAUUUGAUUAAAGUUCAAUUUAGAGAUUGAGAUACAAUUAAGGUAAAUUACAUCUGUUUGAAAGUGAAACCAGUUUGUUUUUUAUGCAGGCUCUGUCAAUCAUAGCCAGGGGAGGUGUAGCUAGGGCUGCAUAAACAGAAACAAAGGGGUUUAACUCCUAAAUUACAGUGAAUUGUGCAGUGAAAUGGCAGGGAAAUGAUCUAUACACUAAAACUGUUUUAUUUAGCUAAAGUAAUUUAGGUGACUAUAGUGUUCCUUUAAGGCCAACUGUAAAAGCAGAAAGAUCAAUGAGAAGGAUUUAAAGAUUUGCAAGAUUUUCACAGUAAAAUGUUACAGGUCUGUCAAUUUCAUUGUACACCAAGCAUGUCAAACUCAAAGUCUGGAUCGGGCCACACAAACAAGGUUUAAGUUUAUGUGGGCCGCAAAUAAAAAAUUACCGUAAAUUUUCAUAGAAACGUAGGUUUAUUUUAAAAAGUACAGUAUAACCCCCCCCCCCCACCACCCCAGCAUUCCCCUCUACUAAACCACAGCACCCCCUCUACUAAAUCCCAGCCCCCCUCUACCACCCUGUGCCAAAUCUGAUCCUCCCGCUGACACACACAUUCACUGACAGACACACACAUUCAUUGACAGGCACACACAUACAGACACACUGACAUACACAUACUCACUGACACACACACAUACUGACACACACAUACUCACUGACAGACACACUGACACAGACACACACACAUACUCACAGAGACACUCACAGACAGACACACACGUACACUUUCUUGCACACUCAUACUUUUCUUUAUUGCUCCUUACCUUAUGGAGUCGAUGUGGGGCAUCUUCUUUGGGUCCUUCCUGCUCCCGUGCGCGGUUUAGUGAUGCGGGGUGCCGGAAUAUGAUGUCAUAAUCCGGCGCCCGGCUUCACUUCAGAUGAUGCACGCGACGGAGCAGUGAGGAGCAGGAACACUGAGCUCCCUCGCUGCUUCCUCCGUCCCCUCCUCCCCGUCCGGGAAAGUGUUAGCAGAGUAGUCACCUGCAAUGUGGGGAAAGCAGGUGCCUACUCUGCUACAACACCAGCAUGUACUCGCGGUUCGCCAGGCCGCAAAGAUGGCCCUUGUGGACCACGAGUUUGACAUGCUUGUUGUACACUAAGCACCCUAUUGUAGUAAAUUAAAAUCUGAUCUACAAAAUUGGGGCAAAAAUAAUCAAGCUCUAAAUACAGAGUUGUAAAGUUUUUUUUUUUUUGUUUUUUUUUGUUAAACUAUUUUUAUCUAAACAUUUUCGGAUUUCAGUUUAAUACAGUUCGGAGUUUGAUUAAUUGUUUUAUGUAGGUAGUGCUAGACAUCAUUUGUUUGUUUUUUGUUUUUACAGUUUGCACGAACAAACAUUUCACAGGAAUGUUUCAUUAACCCCUUCCCGAUACGUCCGCGGCAAAUAGGCUCCAUUUACUUAUCUGGACUGGCGAUCCCGGUCGGGGGACUGCUAGAGAGCCCAGCGGUGCCCCUGCAGCAGCUCCGACCUCUUCGGCACUCCAGGGCCAUGUGAUCACCACGAUCACAUAGCCGCAAUAGGAGUCCAUGGAGCUGCCAGCAAAGGGACUGUCUGAUAUAGAUAUAGAUAUCUCUCUCUCUCUCUCUCUCUCUAUAUAUCUAUAUCUAUAUCUAUAUAUAUAUAUAUAUAUAUAAAUCUGUACACCAGUCAAGCUCACAGGAAUCACAAAUUUGCAGUGAUGUUACUACCGCAAAAGAUUCUGGGUGGGCAUAUGCAAAUUAAUUCAACAAAGAAUCACAUUUUUGCCUCAUUCCAUUUUAACCCCUUAAGGACACAAGACGGAAAUAUUCUGUCAUGAUUCUAUUUUAUCCCAGAAGUUGUGUUCUUAAGGGGUUAAACAUGGAUUCCUUUGAGUCUGUGUUUGCUGUAUACAGCAGCUUUGAAACACAACUAAGGGAAAGAUGCAAAACCAGUGAACCACUCAUUGACAGCUUUUUCAUUGUUAAUGCAAAUCAUCAGCAUGAGGUUGGUUACUGGUUUGCUUAUUGAGGCUUGGUAGUGUUUAACCCCUUAAGGACCACGGUCCUUAAGGUAAAUUUGAGCGCUGGAAGCCGCUCUAUGGGUAUUGCACAAUGCCUCGAUAUCGAGGCAUUGUGGAAUACACCCCCCACACUGCCGGGCACCCGGGUUGCCGCACAUGGUGCCCGACAGUGUAGGCAAGAGCAUCAGAAGCCUUCAUGCAGGUUUCUGAUGCUCUGCCUGUACUGAGUGCCUCAAGGGGUCGAGGCACUCCGUUAAAAUAAUAAAAAAAAAUUUUUUUUUAAAUUUAACCCCUACUCUCCUCCCCAUGUACUUAAUGAUCGCCACGGUUCCCCCGCCGGCGAUUGGUCUUCUUCUGAGACGGAUCCUCUCCAAUUUUGGACCCUCAGGAGCGGUCACAUGGGGGUCACAUGGCUGCAACAGGUGUCCACAGUGCUGCCAGCAGGGGGACUGCCUGAACUGACAGGCAGUCUCCCUGAUGGUGAAAAAGUAAAAAAAAAAAAAAUAAAAUACACCACAACCGACUUGCUCUUUCACACUAUCCCAUACUUAUCAAUGUUUGUAUCUUCUGUACUAUCAUGAGCCCUUAACACAAAUAUAUAUAUAUAUAUAUAUGUGUGUAUAUAUAUAUAUGUGUGUAUAUAGGAGAUAGAGAUAUGUAUGUGUAUAUAUGAGAUAGAUAUAUAAUCUAUCAUCAUACUAAGUGUAUUUUUAAUCAAUAUAUAAUAUAAAAAUACACUUAGAGUAAAAUUACACACACGUGUGUGUGUGUGUGUGUGUGUGUAUAUAUAUAUAUAUUAUAUUAUAAAAAAUAAAUAAUUUUAAAAAAUUAUAUGUAAUUUUAUUCUAACUGUAUUUUGAUAUUAAUAUAUUUAUACAUAUAUUUAUAUCUAAAUGCACUUAGAAUAAAAUGAUAUAUAUAUAUAUAUAUAUAUAUAUAUAUAUAUAUAUAUAUAUAUAUAUAUAUAUGCCCUUAACCGUGGACAUACUAGGUACGUCCGACAAAAAAAGGUGGUUAAGGACUGCAGAUAUAUCUAGUACGUCCAUGGCAAAUAGGAGCCUUGGACUUACCUGGACCGGCGAUCCACGACGUUCACGGUUGGGGGGGGACUGCCGAAGAUCCCAGCAGUCCCCCUGCAGCAGCUCUGGCCACCCUGGCCCUCCAGGGCCAUGCGAUCACCAGGAUCACAUCGCCACAAUAGGACUCUAGGAGCUGCCAGCAGGGGGACUGUCUGAGCUGUUAAAAAAAAUAAAAAUAAAUAUAUAUAUAUCAUUUAGCAACCUACCUGUUUUACGACGGCUCGCACUUAUGACCAGGCGUAAGUGCGAGCCGUCGUGGGGAUUCCCUGCUCUCGUGCGCAUGUCUAUGUUUGGGGAAACUUCCCUGAACAUAGACUAACGCACCAGAGCAGGGAAUCCCUCAAAUUUAUUUUCGGGGAAAUUUCGUUUUGGCCAAUCAGGACCUCCUCAUAGAGAUGCAUUGAAUUAAUGCAUCUCUGAGGAAAGUUCAACGUCUCCAUGCAGAGCAUGGAGACGCUGAAUGGCUGGGCUGAUUACUAUGCAGACUCUGAGCCAGGAAGCACCUCCAGUGGCCAUCUAAGAAGUGGCCACUUGGAGGUGUCCCUUGGGGCAGUGUUUAAAUGAAAAAUGCCCGAAGGGAGCUAUUAUACUCACCAGAACAACUACAUUAAGCUGUAGUUGUUCUGGUGACUAUAUUGUCCCUUUAAAUGUUAUCCCGGGGUGUAUGUAGAUGAACCAAGGAAUUUUUUAGAACAAUCUUUCUUUAACUUUUUAUGGAUGCAUCGGCGCUGCUUUGUAGGUCUGUGUUAUUUGUAAUUUAAAUAGCACAAGUUAGGAGGCAAAAAAAAAAGUUGGCAUUGCUUCACUAGCUUAGCUGAACCGUAACCUUUUGCCUAAAUUCAGACGAGUAUCAACAGUAAUCAGUACUGUUGAGGACAGGCAUUAAAAGUAGGAUUUCAGAAUUCCACGACCUUGUUUGAAGCAGAUAUUUAGCCCUGGUUAACACUAGUGCAGCCGUUUAAAUAUUGAUCAGCUUAAUGAAAUGUCUUCUUACUAACUAAAAACUUAGCACAGAAGUAAAAAAAAAGAGCCAACAAAUGAUAUCUAGUAGGCUUGGCUCCUUUCCAGUUUAUGGUAUAUUGUCAAAGUCCUGAGAAAUGAGUGGUGCUUUCCCUAAGUAAUUUAAACCAGUGUCUUUUUUAAAAUACAGUUUUAAAUAUUUACAUAGCUUGACUGUUUAUCCAUGCAUAGUUUUGAUCUAUUUAGAGAUGAGCCACCGGGAAAAUGCAUUGAAAUAAUAAUACAAAUAUGGUUAUUUACCCUUUUCUCGUGAUUGCUGCCAAUCCUCAUAAUUCAGAAACCGACAUAUGAGAUAUGUUUCUGAGUGAUCAAGAUUGGCAGCAAUGAAGAGAAAAGGGUAAACAACCAUAUUUUUAUUCAUUUUUUUAAAUCUUUUAUAAUCUUUUUUUUUUUUUUUCAAUGUGUUUUAUUUUAAGCAUUUUUUAUCAUCGUAUAAAACAGAAUACGAGGUAAAUCAAGGGAUACAGAAGAGAAAAGGGAAGGGGGGAGGGGAAGCAGCAGCUUAUAUAGGUUUCCACAUAUCAUUCAGUACAUUACAAUGUAAUACAGUAUGGUACAGCUAACAAUGCGGAUGUCUGAUAAUCCGUGGUGAGGGGACAUUAUUGGAAUACAGUUAACAUGUGAUCCUCAAAUUACAUAUUAAAAGUGAACAAUCUUUUUAUAGGUGAGCAUACAUUUUAGAGGUGAACAUACAUUAAAGCAUACUGGCUUAGUUGUAGGGAGGCAGCUGACUGUGCCCAUGGAGUAGGAGGAGGGGAAAUCCGGAUGGGGUUAGUGGCCGGACUACGGCCCCUGGUGCAACUCUCCCUCUCUAUAGAGCACCCAACUCUGCCAACUUGAUUUAUACCUACUUUGGCUAUUUGUCAGCCGGCUAGCCAUACGUUCAUAAGCAUGGAAUGAGUCCAGUCUACUGAGGAUUUCUGGCAAUGUUGGUGUCAGUGGUGAUUUCCAUCUAUGUGCGAUGGCAGUUUUGGUAGCCAUGAGACAAUGAAUCGUGAAAGGGAUUGCUUCCGUAGGGAGGGUAUUCGGAAAAAUAUGUAGUAGAAGGCACUCUGGGGAUUGGGGAAUUCGCACUCCCAGAAUUUUGUACAGAAGAGCGUGUAUGUCCCGCCAUAAUGUGACAAUAGACGUACAUGACCAAAAUAUAUGCAAGAGGGACCCUUCGCUAUUAUGGCAUCUCCAACAACUUGCGUCAGAGCCCGGAUAGAUACGGGCCAAUUUGGUGGGGACUAGGUACCAGCGCAUUGUUAAUUUACAGUAUGUUUCCCAUUGAUUAAGGCUAUGGGACGCCUGUUUGGUUAAUCUUUGGGCGCGAUGCCAUAAUUCAUUGGAAAAAUGCUUUCCUAGGUCAGAUUCCCAUUUGGACAUAUAUGAUGGUUUGGACAGUUUGUCGUGUAGCAAUAGAGUAUUGUAACAUAGAGAUAGUGCUUUAGUUUUUGGAAGCUUGCCCAUGCAUUUGUGGAUGAAGGGCGAUGUAGGGUCGGGUUCCCUCAUGCUAAUCCCGCUUUCCUGGAUUAUAUUUUUUAAUCUGAGAUAGGAGAAUAGUUCCCGUGAAGGGAUAUGGAAUUCCCUGAUCAGGUCUGGGAAGGGCUUGAUGCCUUCAGCGGACAGUAGGGAACGGACUUGGGUGAUCCCCUGCUUAAGCCAGUUAUCUAAGUGAAUGUUUGAGGUUUUUGUAGUCAGGGCUUGGAGUGGGGCAGCUAGGAGUAGGUCGUUAUUUCGUAAGAAGAGCGGUGUAGUUUGCUUCCAAUUAUGAAGGAGCGCGACUGUGGUGGGCAGCAAGGAUGUGGCUUUGGGAAGUUUUGACCCUGCCCACAGGGAUAGUGGGAUUGAGCCAUUAGGUGUGCAGGCGUUCUCCAAUGCCAGCCAUAUUGGGGGAGAGGGACGCUCAAGGAUCGCAAGGCCCUGGGCCAACAGGGACGCCCUAUAGUAGAGGGAUAUAUUGGGAACACCCAAUCCUCCUUUUGUGAACGGGCGCCAUAGUGCGUUUUGCGCUAUCCUGGGGGGUUUUCUCUUCCAUAUAUGAGCAUUGAUUAUGGCCUGAAAUUUCUUUAGGAGCGAGUUAGGGAUUGCAAUGGGAAGAGUGCGGAAUAGGUAUAAAAUGUGUGGGAGGAUCAUCAUUUUUACAGUAUGGAUACGUCCUAGCCAGGAGAUCUCCUUCUCCUCCCAGGACUUAAGGAGUUGCUCUAAUUUGUGAAUGAGUGGCAGGUGGUUUUCAUGCGUUAUUGCUGAGAGCCUCGUUGGCAAUUUGAUACCCAAAUAUGAGAUGGAGGAGUUCCGCCAUUCAAAUGGGUAUAGCGUUUUUAGAGGGGUUAGCGAGGUAUGUGGCAGUCCCAGUGCCAUUGCUUGUGUUUUUUUGGCGUUGUUUUUAUAGAACGAGACCUUACCGUAAGUUUCCAGCAAAGUUAGUAGAUUUGGUAAGGAUUUUUCUGGGCGUGAUAGGAAGAGAAGGACAUCAUCAGCGAAUAGGGCUAUUUUUUGAGUCCCAAUGGGGGUAGAUAGGCCUUCGAUCGAGUUGUCACUCUUGACGUGUCUAACCAGAGGUUCCAUGCAUAUUAUAAAGAUUAACGGGGAGAGGGGACAACCCUGUCUGGAGCCAUUCGUUAUUUGGAAAGGUUGAGAUAGGAACCCUGAAUUGAAUACCUUGGCUGCUGGAUUGGAGUAUAGGGCCAUAAUGCCUUUCAGGAAGUCUUGUGGUAUGCCCACUACAGUUAGAACAGCCCUCAUGUAAGACCAAUUAAGGCGGUCGAAUGCUUUUUCCGCAUCCAGGGCUAAUAAAAUGCCGCUUUGGUUGGUUUUUUGGGCCCAUGAAAUGAGGUUCAGAAAGUGCCGAGUGUUAUCCCCCGGUUGUCUAUGCGGGACGAAACCUGCCUGUUCUGGGGAGACCAGGUCCCUCAGGAGGGGUUGGAGGCGGUUGGCUAGUAAUUUAGCAAAAAGUUUAAUGUCUGCGUUCAACAAGGAGAUUGGUCUCAGGUUGGCGCAUUCGGUGGGCGGUUUGCUGGGCUUAGGAAGUGUAACGAUAUGGGCUAGCAGCAUUUCCUUCGGUAUUGUCCCUGAGUUCCUGAAGGAGUUGAAGAGGAUUGUGAGGUAUGGAGUGAGCUGUGGCUCAAAUGUGGAGUAAAAGUGGUUGGAGAACCCGUCUGGGCCCGGAGCUUUAUGUUUGGGUAAUUUGCGAAUUGCAUUUCGUAUUUCUUCCUCUGUGAAUUUGGCUGACAGGGUUGCGCAUUGCUGUGCCGAAAGGUGCGGCAGCCCUGCUCCUGUCAAAAAAGUGGCUAUUUCUGGGUCUAAUGGCUGGUGUAAAGUACUGUCCUGUGCGAGGUUAUAUAGUCCCUUGUAAAAGUUAGCUAGUUCGUCUACUAUAUCUUGUGGGUUGAAUAGCUUUGACCCAGUGGACGAGGUCAUAUAUGGGAGUUUAGAUUGUAUGUAUCGGGAUUUUAGUCGUUUUGCGAGUAGUUUGCCUGCCUUGUUCCCUUGCAUAUAGUAGGCGAGCUUUAAUUUGCGGAGCUGUCGUUCCACACUUAUCAGGGAUAGAUCAAGUAUUUUGUCCCUUAGCUUUUCGAUAGUACGGGAUAGAUUUUUAGUUGGUUUAAGUUUAUUAAUUUGUUCUAAGGAUUUAAGUUGAGAUAGUAGAUUAUCUGACUCAGUGUGGGUUUUCUUUUUGUUUAUUGCGCCUGCCUGGAUUAAUAGGCCUCUUAGCACGGCUUUUAGGGCAAGCCAUUUAGUGUCUAUGCGCGUGCUGUCGGCAAGGUGAGUCUCGAAAAAAGAUAUUAUGUUAUCCCGAAUUUUUGCAGCUGUAGUCUCGUUGUCUAGGAGGGAUUCGUUUAAGCGCCAGGCACUGCGCCCCCGUGACGGGAACAGGGCCCUAAAAGUAGUGGUUACCGGCGCGUGGUCGGACCAAGUCCGGUCACCUAUUUGCACUUCUAUUAUAUUGGGUACCGUAUUUUUAUCUACCCAGCACAUAUCUAUACGAGAGUAUGUGUGAUGGACUCGUGAGAAAUAUGUGUAGUUUCGUUCUUUCGGAUAGAGGGUACGCCACGAAUCGUAAAGGUCGUGCCUGUGGAGCAGCGUGUUAAGGGUUGCGCUCAUUGUGUUAGCAAGUUGGAGGGGUUGUUUGUUUGCUAUUCGCUUAAUGUCUAAGUCGGGGUCUAGCGUGCAAUUGAGAUCGCCACAGAUAAUAGUAUGCCCCACGCGGAUAGUAGAGAUUUUGUUUAAAGCUCUUCUGAUGAAGGAAAUUUGGGAGUUGUUGGGUGCAUAUAUGGAAGCGAUCGUAAGUUGCAUUCCAUUCAAAGAGCCUACCACUAUAAGGAGCCUGCCCAGCUCGUCUACAUAAGUGUUGUCAAGAUGGAAGACCCAGUCAAUAUGGAACAGAAUUGCCACUCCUCUCGUUUUGUUUGGGGCAAGGGCAUGAAAUACCUGCUGAUACCUGGAUGAGCUUAACUUGGGGGGGUUUCUUUUGCACAUGUGCGUUUCCUGGAGGCAGACUAUGGCUGCCUGGGAAGUAUGAAUGGUCUUAAUCACAGAGCUCCUUUUAAAUGGGCUAUUUAGGCCGUUAACAUUCAUAGAGAGACAUUUAAAUUGGUACAUCAUCUUAAAGGGAUAUAUAAUAGAGCUUGUUAGUCACAGCAUGCUGUUUGCCAGCGACAGACAUGGAGCCUGUGGCUAGGUGGUGCGUAGUGUAGAAUAAGGGAAGAUCAGAUGACUGAUUACGUCCUGCACAGAUAUGGGUCAACUUAGCUGCCAAGGGGAUGGGAGGGGAAAUAACAGGAAAGACAAAAUCAACAAACAAAGGUAUAUACAUUAACUCUCUGAGAUGAGAGAAAAUACUGGGAUCCAGAGGGGAGCCUAAAGCUCUAGGCACCUCGGAUACCCUUGGGGGGUCGUGCGGAACAGGACCGCACCCGGACCAGAUUCUCAAAGUAGGUAGGAAUGGAGAGGAGAAUAUGCGCGGGAGGGGCUGAAAUCUGGACAGCAUUCUCACCUAUGCCCUCUCUAAAUCACUGAGGCAAUAUAGGGGAGAAGGGUAACGGAUUUAUAGUAACUUAACCGGGAGUACUGUGGCUAACUGAUGGAUGAGUUUUUUUGUUUUUUUUUUUAUUAUUUUUUUAUUUUAUUUUUUUUAUUUUAUACUUUAUUUUAUUUUUCCCUCCGUUGAGCUGAGCAUGGUCGGUAGAGUAUCUAAGGUUAUAAUCAUAAGUCUCAGGAUGCGACCAUUUAACCAUGUGUGUGCUUAACGCUCCGAGGGGAGGGGGGGCCUUAGGAGACCUAGCCUUGGGGCCUGCUAAAGUGCAGGAGGGAUAAAAUGGAACACAUGGAAGCCUAAACUCAUCCGUAGGGAAGAACUAACAUUGUAAUAGAGCAAUUUACCGGGGGGGUCACUCCCUUGCCAAACAUUCCUCAGAUGAAGCAGUGAAACAAGCAUGACCUCCCCUCAUGAAUAUAAGCAAUACUUAGUGGAUACUAUAAAAACGUUUUUUUUUUUUUUUUUUUGUUUUUUUUUCCUUUUAACUUGUGAACUAUUCAUGCCUUCCCACCCUACACCCACAUUAAACAUUUUGCCACCGUGUAUGUUCAUACGAUACCACUCGAAGCAACUGGGGUCUAUGGCCCUUAUUGGUAUAUUAUCGCAGAGUCCAUGCGUGUGGCAGAAGCCUGCUGGAGACAGUUCAGGGGUAAGUGGUUAGUGUCCGAGUUGGGCGAGGGCAUCGGCAAGCAGCAUGGUGUCUUCUUUCGCGGCUGUAGAAUACGUCAAGGAGUAGAGGCAGGGAGACGCUGUCCUAGAUGGGGUGGCCAUUAGCGCCGAGCGCCAACCAUCUGCCAGUCUGGCUGGGACCUCUUCGGGGUGGUCGAGGCGUCUGGUUGUAGGUGGGUGGUUUCUUGCUGGCCCCAAAGACCCCAUUGUUUCAGCAUGGUGAGCCCUUUCGAGGGGUCAUCUAUAAUGUGGAGCUUAUUCUGCCGCCAGACCAGCAGUCUCGUAGGAAAUCCCCAGCGGUAAGCCUGGUUGUGGUUGCGUAGGGUUUUGGUAAUGGAGGAGAAUUCUCUGCGUCUUGCCAUAGUGAGGGCCGAUAGGUCCGCAAAAAUAGAGACAGCAUUAUAUGGGUCGGGCAAUGGGGAUUGGGCUCUGGCGGCCUUAAGAAGAGCCUCCUUGGCUUUAAAGUGAUGAUAGCGCACGAUAAUGUCGCGCGGGACGUCCGCGCCGAAUCUGGGCGGUUUUGGAACCCGGUGGGCUCUGUCCAGUUCCCAGGUAACACCGGAGAGGUCAGGGACCAGCGUUGUGCUUAAUGCGAUAAUGUAGGCCGAGAUCUGGUCUGUUGUGACGGACUCUGCUACUCCCCGGAACCGCACGUUGUUCCUGCGGGAGCGGUCCUCCAUGUCCGCCAUUUUGUGCCAUAAUUUGGUGUUAUCUUCCUCUAGUUUCUGUAGUCUGUCCGCCAUCAGGUUUUGGGCAGAGGAGAGAUCGUCAGUUUUCCGUUCGACCUGAUCGGUCCGGUCACCCAAUUCCUCUAGCUCUUGAUGAAUGCCCGCCAAGGAGGUGGUGAAGUCCUCCUUAAUGGUGGACCUGAGGUCCGCGAGCGCUUGUCUCAGAUAUUCUUUUGAGAAUUGUGAGUCGUCUGAUUGUGAAUGCGUGGGCGACUCGGUGCAAGGGUCAGGGUCCGGAGACUGAGCUCUGCUGGCGGCGCCAUCUUGGGCCUGUUUCAGCUUUUCCCUCUUGUGGUGGCGGACCGCGUCCGUGAGUUUUGUCUGCUUCGAGGGAGACAUUAGAAGCCGUGUAGCCUUUGCCCCCCGCUGGGACAAGGUAAUCCGGCGAGAUUUCCUCUUUAAUAGUAUUAAAUCUGGUCCGGGUGGUGCGGAGCUCCUACUCCAUGCGACCGAUCUUGCCGGAAGUUGGACACGCCCCCCCUUUUAUAAUCUUUUAAUAGUUUGGCGAAAAUAAAGCAUUUUGGGGCUUUACGAGAAAGUUCAUUUAUGUUAUUUGGGCCCUGUUGUUUUUCUUUGCCAUACAAGUGACAUUAGAUGUUUGGUGGCCCAUCAGAAGUUUUUGCAAAUCUAAGAGAACUGCUUUAUAACCUAUUCAAAAAGCAUAGGCACCAAUGGCACUGUAUUUGUUUCCGCAUAGACUGCACAGUUGAAGGCCAUCUCUGUAUCUAGGGAUAUCAACAUUCGUUGUUGAUCAGACCUCCAGCCAACUGGGCUAUGUUAAGAACUGACCGCAUAUAUCAGGUCCAUUUCAUCCAGGUACAAGUUCCACCUGGUCAGGGUAGACUGUUCCCCAGACAAUAGGGGAGAGAUAUCGCCUUUCUUUAGUAUUAUUAAUACCAGUAUUUAUAAAACACAGUCAAAUUCUGCUGCGUUCCACAGUUUGAGAGAAAUACACUACCAUAUACACAGUCCAGUCCAUAGAGGAGCAUUGGGCCCAGGGGAAAUUAUUGCAAACUGACUUUAACCUAUCCAUUUCCUAGUAAUUAGCUUUGAGCAGUGCAUAGAUAAAUUGCUGUUCACAUUCAGCUAAUACCAUGUUGUUGUUUUUUUUAAGAUGGGAUUCCCCAUUUUUGCUUGUUGGGAAGUAUGCUUUAUAUGCAGUUGGGUUAUUGGACACAUGCAUAUAAAAUUUCCAGCAAACCUCGGCAGCGUUGGUAAUUUCUGCAUAUGCAGAUUAGGCAAGACAAUCCUGAUUUUUGGGGUCCCAUGGCACCUAAUCCACAUCAGUGGACACCAAUUGGCACCAAAUGCCUGGUGAAAUACUGUGCGAAGUCUGCCCAUGUGAGAGCACUUCAGUAAAGCUCUGUGCAUGUAAAGCCCUGUGUGGGGCUGGCGAGCCUGGCUACAUGUACGUCCGACCAAUACAACCCUAGGUUCAGCAUAUCUGGUAUUUUUUGGGUGCUCUGCUCUUCAACGCGCCUUGGUCCACUCACUCUUUUGAGCCUGACCGCUCAUUGAGAUGUCUAGCUGAAAGUGUAUGUUUUUUGAAUUCACCCUUCUCAAUGAGCUGUAGUAUGGCUCAUUAAGAAAUAUUAGCAGGCACAAUCUAGCCAAGCGUGCCUACUGCUUCUGAGUACCAUCUUUGGAGGGGUUUCAACAGUAAUUCAUAAAAGUGCUAAAUUUAAUCGAAAUUUAGAUAUUUGGGGGAAAAGAAGCACAUUCUAAACGCAUACAAUACCUCUUCAGAAGACUGAAGUGCUUUUUGUGUCUGGAGUGUUUUUCUUUAACUCUUCUAUGUAAAGGAUUAGGCAAAUUGUAUUAUAUGAGGACAGUCCAUGUACAUCACAUCAUGUCACAAAAGGGUUAAUGGGUUUAUAAAUGAGUUUCACUUGCAGGUACAUGAAGCUAUACCUUUUUAUUGUUGCUUCCCUUAGUAAACCUUUCUCUCCUUUGGUAAUUUUGUUUGCUUGAGCUAUUAUUUGGCAGUGAGUUACCAUUCCCACGCAUACACAAAAUAUGUGAGAGGUGUAAUUAGAUUAGUAAUAAACGGUUAAAUGUACAUUUUUUUUUUUAUUCUUUAUUUUUGUGUGCAACAGGUUAUGACAGGCUUGCAAAGCUCCAACAAACAUAUCAAACAGUAGAGAUCAUGACAUUUGUACUAGCAUAGUGGGGACAGGUGUUCCUGCCCUCUGGGGGUUACAGUGGUGUACCUGAAGAGUAUAGCAGGAGAUGGCUGGUUGUGACUAAGGCUAUAACUACACCUCCGUCACACCUAGGUAACUGAACUCUGGGUCCAAUGGCGCCAGAGGCGGCGGUGGGGAGAGAGGUCAGGGCGUUGUUUAAGGCCAGGUAGGAAUUAAGCAUAACUGACCAGUGGUGCGUGCAGGUGGGCCUAUAAAACGAAAAGUCAAAAUGGAGAAAGGUCCAGAACUAAAAGCCUAAUGAAAAGUUUAACCAACUUUGAAGCGCAGUGUGGGAGAGUUCCAUGAAUUAGAGGAGGUAAGUUCCUGGCGCCUACUUCACCAUCUCAGGUAGUGACUGUAGCGGCUGCGCUAGUGUAGUUGUUUUCGGGAUAAAUGGUGUGAUUGUGGUCGGGUCCCAUCUAUGGGUCUCUGAGGUCUUUGCCUGUUUGUUGGAGCGGUGUAGGGAGUCCCCUGGAAGGCCCAGCUUGGUGAGGAGUGGGGGUGAUUCAGAGAUAUCCGGGAUGGAGUGUACCGCGUCUCCCGGUCUUAAUUGUAAGGCCCGUGGCUGCGGAGCAGGGCUGUGAGGGGUUGUAGCAUUUUGCGCCAUUGUAGCCUCUCGCCGGAGAGAUCUGCAAAGAAAGAUAUAGCCAUGUUCUCGAAGUUGAGCUAGGCUGUCCCUGUAAGCGCCGCUUGCACCAGCAUCUUGUCUGCUACGUUGCAAAACCGCAGUAUCAGGUCUCUGGGUGCUGAUUCAGGCACUUUCUUGGGUUUUGGAACCCGGAAUAUGCCCUCCAGGUUUACGGCUCUGGAUUGCUUGAGCUCCAGUAGGUGGGCCACGAGCCGCCCGUUGAGAUGUGGAAGCUCUACCGCGGGUAUGCUCUCUGCUAUUCCCCAGAUUUUUUUAAUUGUUGCUGCGUCUCGAGUCUUCAAGCAAGGCGAAGCGCAGAUCGGAGGCUGCAUGACGCUUGGUGAGUGUGUGGAUGUCUGGUUGGAGCUGCGCUAUUGUUUGAGCAUUCUGCUCCGAGGUGGCUUCCACUAUGUUGAUGCGGUCUACCUCUGAAAGGUCCCCAGCAUGUUCUCGAGCAUUUCUGCCGUCACCGAUCUGUAGUCGCCGGCCUUCGGUGGAGGCUGCAAGGUCUCCCUCUUUGUCUGGGGACAGCUUGUCUGAGUAGUCGUAGAAAUCUCUCAGGUUGGUGGCCAUCUUGGGCCCACUCGCGUCAUGCGCUUGGUGGAGAUCAUCUCCUAUCUUCAUACCCGACUUUGGUCUCUUGGGUUUCAGUUUGUUGGUUUAGGGGCUGUGGUAUUUAGGCUUGCAAAUAGGUUAUUUUUGCCAUGUUUUGGUCGAUUAGCCUGGAGUCCGCUAAGGUCAAUUGCUCAUCUCCGCCCCCCAGAAAUUUAUUUUUUCAUUUGUAUUUUGCCUUUUAGCUUUAUAUACUUUGUUUCUUGUGUAUGUGUUUUUUUUUUGGGGGGUGGCGGGAUUCUCUGAAAGUUUGUACAGUAUUUUCUUGUUUAAUUAAGACAUUGUACAUCAAUGUUCCUCUUUACCAUCACAUUAUUUUAGACUUCUUUUUGAAUUUGUAACUCCACAAACCGCAUGAAAAACCAGUUUGCUUUUUUUUAUGUGUAGAGACUUCCCCUUCAUACUGAUUAAAGGAACAAUCCCAGUAUUACACAUAAAUACAUUUCAGUAUAACGCUCGAGUAUUCUACUCCUGUUGCAGUUGCUUACCUCUAAUCCAGCAACAAGAUCUCUGUCAAGGUCGCCAAUACAAUAUAUACCACAUGAGAAGGAGUACUCUCUUGGCUGUCUGACAGUUGAAGGGAUGCAACAUAAUACCUUUAUAAAAGUACUGAUUUCCCUUGUAAUUGACACUUUUAUAAUCCAGCAGAGGAGACUCUUUGUUAACAUUUAAAGCAUCUCAGGAACCUGAAGAGCUUUAGGGUUGAGUGUUCUUUUACUAUCUCUUUUAUAAUUGUUGUGCAACAAAUUACCGUAUAUACUCGAGUAUAAGCCGACCCGAAUAUAAGCCGAGGCCCCUAAUUUUACCCCAAAAAACUGGGAAAACGUAUUGACUCGAGUAUAAGACUAGGGUGGGAAAUGCAGCAGCUACUGGUAAAUUUCUAAAUAAAAUUUAGAUCCUAAAAAAAUUAUAUUAUUUGAAUAUUUAUUUACAGUGUGUGUAUAUGAUGAAUGCAGUGUGUGUGUAUAUGAAUGCAGUGUGUGUGUGUGUAUGAAUGCAGUGUGUGUAUGAGUGUUAUAUUAUUUUUUUAUUAUUAUUUUUAUUAUUUAUAUUUAUAUAUUAUAAAUGUAUUUAUUAUUAUUUAUAUUUAUAUAUUAUUAAUUUAUUUAUUUUGUUGUCCCCCCUCCCUGCUUGAUACAUGGCAGGGAGGGGGGCUCUCCUUCCCUGGUGGUCCAGUGGCAUUGGCAGUUCAGUGGGGGGAGGAGGGGGGGCUGGCAGGAAGCACUUACCUCUCCUGCAGCUCCUGUCAGCUCUCUCCUCCUCCGCGCCGGUCCGUGCAGCUCUGAUCUCAGCUCACACUGUAAGUCUCGCGAGAGCCGCACUAUGACCCCGCGGCUCUCGCGAGACUUACACUGGGAGCUGACCGAGGUGCUGACCGGACCGGCGCGGAGGAGGAGGGAGCUGACAGGAGCUGCAGGAGAGGUAAGCGCUCGCUGCCAGCCCCCAGUCUGUAUUAUGGCAAUGUAAAUUGCCAUAAUACAGACACUGACUCGAGUAUAAGCCGAGUUGGGGUUUUUCAGCACAAAAAAUGUGCUGAAAAACUCGGCUUAUACUCGAGUAUAUACGGUACAUUUACAUAACCCUUACAUAAAACUUUUUUUUUUUUUUUUUUUUGUCAAAGUUAUGUUCUUUUCUUUAAAUGUUCUUUCAUAAUUGUACUUAUUUGGAUUAUGCUGGCAAAACCGUUGUAUUUCAUAUGUAUUUAUUUAACAAAGAGUUGUUCAAAUAGUAAUCUCAUUUAUGUGCUUUCAUGGCUAAAAUGUCACAUGCUGAAGCAAAAAAUCCAUUAGUGGGUUUGUGUUUGAGAUUUUUUUUUUUAAUUCUUGUUUUUUUCUGUUUCAUUGAAGGAGAGUGUUGUUUUUUUAAUAACUAAUUUUACUCUAAUUUCUCUCUUCCUUUUUUUAGGAAAGAAUAAUAUUUGGCUAAGUCAUUUGGACAAAAACUAUGGCAUUCGUUUUAUUAUUGACUGAGCACAUCAAAAAGAACUUUGACAGUAUUUUGAUAAUUCUCAGUUAGCAGUGUGUCCCAUCUCUUCAACACUAAGCAGUGUUUUUCAGAGAGAGAGAGAGCACAUACUACUUUAUGUAGCUCUGCUCAUUAGGAUUUCGAGCCUUCGAGUCCAGUACAUUUGAUUUUUAAUUCUUAAUUAUUUUUUAAAUUUUCUCUUCGUGGCCAGAAGAAAAAACAAAGGCAAGAUGGUUCUGGACGAGUAUUUGUGGAUGGUUAUUGUCGGUUUCAUCAUAGCGUUCGUCUUGGCAUUUUCAGUAGGUGCUAAUGAUGUUGCCAACUCUUUUGGCACUGCAGUGGGAUCUGGUGUGGUGACCUUAAGGCAAGCAUGCAUAUUGGCUUCCAUCUUUGAAACAGCUGGCUCAGUACUACUGGGAGCCAAAGUUGGUGAGACUAUCCGGAAAGGAAUCAUUGAUGUGAAUCUCUACAAUAAUACCGUUGAUUUGUUGAUGGCUGGAGAAGUUAGCGCAAUGGUUGGUAAGUAAUUAUUUGUAAUCUUCUAGAUUCGUCACUGGUAAAGUAUUGGCUUGUGGAAUAAAAAGCAUCAUUUAGAAAAUCCAGAAUUUACUGAGGUUGAAAUGUAUAUAGGUGUUUUUAAAAAAAAAUGUGUUCCUUAAAAUAAUUGUUGUACUAAAUAUAGAAGACGCACCUUAUGAAUGUUAUGUCUUAUAUAGUGUACGAUUCCAAUUGUGUGUGUGUGUUUAUAUAAAUAUACAUACAUACUAAAUUGCAAUAUCCAGUACAAUUUUUUUGUCUCCUUCCUCUGUGAGUGUAAAACAGGACUGGCCUUAGGUAUGUCGAACUUUAUUAUUGCAGGGGGUAUCCACUAAGGAUGAGUGUGGCAAAAAGAGGAGCUGCUGUUGUAAUGUGAUUGCCAUUGUGUGCACCCUCUGCCCUGGCAUCCUCAGCACAAACUGAAUUUAUUUUCCACACUAGAACAUUGUUGAGGAAGACUGUCAAGGAAUGGACAGUCAGGGUUGGCCAGCAGACAACUUGGUUGUGCUAAAAGUGGUUGGGAGAUGGUAAGAGACAUGACCACAUAAGGAGAGACUUGAGAUGGGCACAGGGGAACUUGGCAAUGGGCUUAGGUGAAGAACAUAUAGGUGGACACAGGAUGGUUUGGAGAUGGGCAUAUAAGAAAACAUGGGAAGGGUACAACAGGAUGGCAUGGAAGUGGGCGCACAAGGAGGGGAUCGAAGCGCAAUAGGAGAACUGCAUUAAACAAUUAUAAUAAAUUAAAUGAACAUUUACCAUAUUUUCCUUUUUAUAUAUAAUAAUGAUGCAUGGCCCUCCUAAGUUAUUGCACAGGCAAAACUUACAAUAUAUGUAGGAUAUUGAAAUCUCUACUUUUAUAAACCGUUGCUAAAGACCUUUGUAGGUCGAAACGUUGACUUAUUUCAUGUGAAUUUAAAUACACAGAAUUUUGUUUUUCAUCAAAUCCAACGAGUGCUCUCAUUCUUUUGAUUUAUGCAUAUUCUCAGUGCUGUGCAACACCAUGGUCCGUUUAAGGAACAAGUUUAUUUUUGGGAAGAGUGCCAGAACUCCUAUAUUUGUUUAUAUAUAACAAUGAUUUAAUUAAAAAAGUUUUUUUUUCCCCUUCAAAUCAAUCUACACUCAAUACUCUAUAAUGACAAAGCAAAAACCAGUGUUUUAAAAACCUUGCAAGUUUCUUAAACAGAAAAAAUACUGAAAUAUCACAUCAGUUUUCAGAACCUUUUCUACGACACUUGAAAUUUAGCUCUGUCUCAUCUUUAAAAAAUGUCUACACUUUGAUUGGUGUCCAGCUGUUAGGAACAACCAGGGUUAUUACUAGAGCUUGUGUCCGACCAAACUGAGUGGUGGUGAGGUAACUUUGUGUGAGCUACAUAGAUCAUGCGUGGACGUAACAAGAAGCAUAAAAGGCUGCUUGGAAUUUGGAGAAAAAUAAUAGGCCUAAAUUAUUAUUAUUAUUAUUAUUAUUAUUAUUGGUAUUUAUAUUACGCCAGCAUAUUCCAUAGCACUUUACAAUAUUAUCAGAGGGGCAGAUUUAACAAUAAUUACAAAUACAUACAGGAACGAUAGGUUGAAGAGAACCCAGCUCAAAUGAGCUUACAGUCUAGAGGAGGUGGGAUAUAAAACACAAUAGGACAGGAGAUAGCAAUCAAACAAGGUGGAGUGAAUCAGAGCUGGAAGAGAGAAUAGAGUGCUGCCCUUUAGGAGAGAGCAAGGAGCAGGUAUGUAAGGUAGAAGUUACUCUGGGAGGCUGUAAGUUUCCAAAAGAGAUGUGUUUUGAGGCACUUUUUAAAUGAUUGAAGACAAGGGGAGAGUAUGAUGGUGGUAGGCAAGCUAUUCCAAAGGAAAGGAGCCACCUGCGAGAAGUCCAACAAGCGUGAGUUGGCCAUAUGGGUGCAAGCAGCAGACAGGAGAAUGCAGAGCGGAGAGAUCAAGAAAGGGCAUACCUACGGACCAGUGAAGAGAUAUAGGAGGGGCUAGAAUUGUUUAAUGCUUUAUAGGUGUGGAUUAGUACCUUGAAUUGACUCCUAUAGGAUACAGGAAGCCAAUGUAAGGACUGACAAAAGGGAGAGGUGUGAGAGGAGCGACAGGAGAGGAAAAUAAAUCUGGCAGCAGCAUUCAUUACAGACUUCUGGGAAGACCAAUUAGGAGAGAGUUACAAUAAUCCAUGAGAGAGAUUAAAUUACUCGGACUGUGAGAAUCAUGAUUAUCUGGUUUUAUGAAAUCAAUAUUGAACUGUUUGGCCCCAAUUCAAAGCAUCAUGUCUGCAGGAAACCAGGCACCACUAAUUACCUGCUCAAUACCAUGUUAGCGGUGAAGCAUGGAGGUGGUACCAUAAUUCUUUUGGUUGGGGCGUAGUUCUGCAGCUGGGACUGGGAGACUGGUCAGGGUUGAGGGAAAACUGAACACCGCAAAAUAGAGAUAUCCUUAAUGGAAACUUGGUCCAGUGUGGUGAGAACCUCAGACUGGGUUGAAUUAUACACUUCCAACAGGACAAUGAUCCUAAGCACAAUGACAAGACAAGAGUGGCCUAGGGCCCACUCUGAGAAUGGCCUAGCCAUAGCCUAGAACAAUUGAACAUCUCUGAAAAGACCUGGAAAUGACUUCUGAUUGACGGCCCCAUCCAACUAGACAGAGCUUGGGAGGAUCUGCAAAGAUGAAUGGCCAAAAUACAGGUGUUCAAAGCUGAUUACAUCAUACCCAAAGUGCUCAAGGCUAUAAUCGCUGUCAAGAGUGCUUCAACUAAAUGCUUCAAUGUUAUAUUUCAGUUUUUUCUUCUUAAUAUAUUAGUAGUGUAAAAAAACAUAUAUAUAUAUAUAUAUAUAUAUAUAUAUAUAUAUAUAUAUAUAUAUAUAUAUAUAUAUAUAUAUAUUUUUUUUUUAAAUUCUUUAUAUAUUUCAUUAUGGGUUAUUGGGUGCAGAUUGGUAUGAAAAAAAAUUAAACAGGUAUCGCCUAAGGCUGCAAUUUUGAAAAAAAUAUAGGAGUUUAAAUCCUUUCUGAAUGCAUCAAAUGAAAACAUAAGUGAAAAAUCUUCUUGCCUUUGAGGACUCCAAGAAAAUUUUGCCUGGUGCAACUAUAAGCAGAUAAUCCUGAUAAUUGCUUGUCAAACUGAAACUGUGACUUAAUAAAUUGCACAGCACUUUCUGUGUUGCAAAAAUACCCUGAGUGACGUUUUCUUGUUAAGCAUGUAUCUAGCUAUAUUUCUAAAAAAAUUCAUAGCCCUAUAUGAGAAAUUCACUGGGAUCUGGAGUUUAAUGUAUUUGUUCAUGCAGCUCACCCUGCUUGUGACUUACACAAUCAACCUACAUACUUCCUGAAAAAUAAAUCUAAAGUUUUCUUCUUCUUUUAUUGCACAGCGUGUUAAAUUUGGAUUUGUUUUUUCUCCUGCUCUGUUAAUUAUUUGCUAGAGCCUGCAACAGUCCAUUGUGUGUGUGUGUGUGAUUAAAGUUCAAAUAACAGAGCAUGAUCUAAAAACCUUUAAAGUAAACACACUGUGCUCUAACAAUGGAUUGAAAAUUAGAUCAUUGUUUUAUGCAGGCUAUGUGAGUCACAGUCAGGAGAGGUGUGGCUAGGGCUGCAUAAACGGAAACAAAUGUGCUUUAACUCCUAAAUAGCAGAAAAUUGAGCAGACUGAUCUAUACGCCAAGACUGCUUAAUUAAGCGAAAGUUGUUUUGGUGAUCAGUGUUUCCUCGUUGAGAUUACUACCUGCAUCUCCCCAUUAUUAAAUAAUAACACUAAAGUUUUUAAACUUACCUUUAUUGCAGGGUUGGGACAGUAUGUUCUCUACAUCCACUCCACCUCUGAUGACUUUUGUCCAACUCAUUGAGCACUGGGGACAUGGAGCGCAGUGUGCUGAGUUGCAUUGGACACAUUUGACGUCUUUAUAUCAAAGCACACUUUUGCAACUGUUUUCUGUUUCGUUGCAGGUUCUGCUGCUUGGCAGUUGAUUGCAUCUUUCUUGAAACUCCCCAUUUCGGGCACACAUUGCAUUGUUGGCUCAACGAUUGGUUUCUCCCUUGUUGCAAUUGGUACUCAUGGUGUGCAGUGGAUGCAGCUUGUCAAGAUUGGUAAAUGAGCUUUGCUUUUAUGAGUGAGGGUAUGUGGAAUAUGUUAAUAGAUAUCUCUGGGAUAUAAAUAUACCCUUUCUAAAUGAUGGAUGUGAAUGGUGGCUAUUGUAAAAUUACGCUAGCCUUCCUGACAUGAUCACACGUAUGUCAUAUGUAUGCAGAAAUAUUACACUCAAACAAAUUAAAAUUUUAUCACAUUGAAAGUGCUCAACUAUAUCUUCACUCACAGAACAAAAGUUGCACUCCAGAAAUAAGUGAGUUGAAAUCUAGCUAUUCAUACAAGACAAAGUAUUUUGGGUUUUUUUUUGGGGGGGGGGAGGUAGGGGGGUGGGGGUUUGGCAAUCCUGAAAUUAUUUGUGCAUUUAAAAGGGUUUACCCUAAAUGUAUUUAUUUUCUUUCAUUGAAAUAGGAAAGGAGCCCAUUCAUCCAUGUAUACAGUAUCUCACAAAGGUGAGUACACCCAUCACAUUUUUCAAAAUAUUUUAUUAUAUCUUUUUAUGUGACAACACUGAAGAAAUGAUACUGUGCUACAAUGUAAAGUAGUAAGUGUACAGCCUGUUAACAGUGUAAAUUUGCUGUCCCCUCAAAAUAACUCAACACACAGCCAUUAAUGUCUAAACCAGUGUCAACAAAAGUAAGUACACCCCUAAGUGGAAAUGUCCAAAUUGGGCCCAAAGAGUCAAUAUUUUGGGUAGCCACCAUUAGUUUCCAGCACUGCCUUAACCCUCAUGGGCAUGGAGUUCACCAGAGCUUCACAGGUUGCCUCUGGAGUCCUCUUCCACCCCACCAUCAUGGAGCUGGUGGAUGUUAGAGACCUUGAGCUCCCCCACCUUCCAUUUGAGGAUGCCCCACAGAUGCUCAAUUGGGUUUAGGUCUGGAGACAUGCUUGGCCAGUCCAUCACCAUUACCAUCAGCUUCUUUAGCAAGGCACUGGUCAUCUUGGAGGUGUGCUUUGGGUCGUUAUCUUGUUGGAAUACGUCCCUACAGCCCAGUCACCAAAGGGAGGGGAUCAUGCUCUGCUUCAGUGUGUCACAGCACAUGUUGGCAUUCAUGGUUCCCUCAAUGAACUGUAGCUCCCUAAUGCUGGCAGCACUUAUGCAGGCCCAGACCAUGACACUCCCACCACCAUGCUUGACUGUAGGCAAAACACAAUUGUCUUUGUCCUCCUCACCUGGUUGCUGACACACACACUUGACACCAUCUGAACCAAAAAAGUAUAUCUUGGUCUCAUUGGACCACAGGACAUGGCUCCAGUAAUCCAUGUCCUUAGUCUUUUUGUCUUCAGAAAACUGUUUGCUGGCUUUUUUGUGCAUCAUCUUUAGAAGAUGACAGAGACCUUUUGGGGUCGGAAUGUUGCUGUUGUGGUUCUCAAUAAAGUGCCUGUCUUGAACCAAGGAGUGCCUGGACCCCUGUUAUUUUACUCCUCUUUAGAAGAGGCUUCCUUCUGGGACGACAGCUGUGUAGACCAAUUUGAUACAGUGUGCGGCGUAUGGUCUGAGCACUGACAGGCUGACCCCCCACCCCUUCAACCUCUGCAGCAAUGCUGGCAGCACUCAUACGUCUAUUUCCCAAAGACAACCUCCUGAUAUGACCCUGAGCACGUGCACUCAAAUUUUUUGGUCGACCAUGGCAAAGCCUGUUCUGAGUGGAACCUGUCCUGUGAAACCGUUGUAUGGUCUUGCCCACUGUGCUGCAGCUUUGUUUCAGGGUCUUGGCAAUCUUCUUACAGCCUAGGCCAUCUUUAUGUAGAGCAGCUUUAAUUUUUUCUUUCUUCAGAUCCUCAGAGAGUUCUUUGCCAUGAGGUGCCAUGUUAAACUUCCAGUGACCAGUGUGAGAGCGAUAACACCAAAUUUAACACACCUGCUCCCCAUUCACACCCGAGACCUUGUAACACUAACGAGUCACAUGACACAGGGGAGGGAAAAUUGCUAAUUGGGCCCAAUUUGGACAUUUCCACUUAGGGGUGUACUCACUUUUAUUGCCAACGGUUUAGACAUUAAUGGCUGUGUGUUGAGUUAUUUUGAGGGGACAGCAAAUUUACACUGUUAUACAGGCUGUACACUUACUACUUCACAUUGUAGCAGAGUGUCAUUUCUUCAGUGUUGUCACAUGGAAAGAUAUAAUAAACUAUUUACAGAAAUGUGAGGGGUGUUCUCACUUUUGUGAGAUACUGUAUUUCAGUUGAAAAUAGACAAAAAUGUUAGGGACCACUGUCAAGUAUUACUGAAAUACUUUGUUCAAAGCAGUGUAUAGUACACCUACCCAGUGCUGCAAGUCACAAUAUUUGACAUAGUUUUUGUAUAGAAAACAUUGAAUAUCCUGUCUACUGUCCUCGAAUUGUAUAACAAGGUAUUAGAAAAGAAAUCUAAAAAAAAUAUCUAAAAACUGGAUUAAAUCCAUGGUUUUCCAUAAGCAAGAUGCAAGAAUCUUUAUUUAUAAAAAAAAAAUAAAAAAAUCUUCUACGUAUAUUUUCUAAUAUAUUUUCCUGUCUCUACUUAAAACCUCUCCCACUUUCUAUUUAAAUAAACAUGCUCUUUAUAGAAUGAUUUCAAAGAAAGUGGAAGAUGUUGUCUUUUUCACACAAGACUAUCACAAAUAACAGCUGACUUCUAAAUUGUCAUAAACGAUAUCUUAUUAACUUGAUUCAGAAAAAAUAUGAAAGCUAACAUUAUUUACUAUUAAUAUCUGCAGGCCACCCUGCUGAAGAUCUGUGGUGCUUUAGGAUUUGGAUUCCUUACCUCUACUUUACUGAUCUUAUUUGCACACACUGGCUUUAAACCUGAACUAGAUUGCUCUAAACCUAUGUGCAUAUCCUGGCAAACCAGAAUCAAAAACUGCAAGGUGCUGCUUUAAAGAUUCCCCUUUUGCAUUUAAUUCCUAACUUUAUAUAUAUUUUUUUUCUUUUAAAGAAUUCUGUGCAAAAAAGAAGCAGUUUUAGAGCGGCUUGGCAAUAACCAAUGCUGUUUCAAUACCUAAACCACAGACGCCCUCUGUAGCUCACAUGGCAGUAAUAGACUGCAAGCUUUGGUGGCAGCUUAAAGGACCACUUUAGGCACCCAGACCACUUCAGCUUAAUGAGGUGGUGUGGGUGCCUGGUCCAGCUAGGGCUAACCCUUUUUUUUUUUUAAUAAACACAGCAGUUUCAGAGAAACUGCUAUGUUUACACUGAGGGUUAAUCCAGCCUAUAGAGCCUCUAGUGGCUGUCUCAUUGACAGCCGCUAGAGGCGCUUGCGUGCUUCUCACUGUGAAAAUCACAGUGAGAAGACGCCAGUGUCCAUAGGAAAGCAUUGAGAAUGCUUUCUUAUGGACUGGCUGAAUGUGCACGCGCCUCCUGCCGUGCAUGCGCAUUCAGCCGAUGACGUCGCUAGGAAGAAGGAGAGGAGGAGGAAAGCUCCCCGCCCGGCGCUGGAGAAAGGUAAGAUUUUAACCUCUUCCUCUGGGGGCACCCUCAGGGCACUAUAGUGCCAGGAAAACUAGUAUGUUUGUUUUCCUGGCACUAUAGUGGUCCUUUUAACACAUCAUUGUAGUACAGUGUUGACCGCUAAUGCAGUGUUAACUUCCAAUUUAUCAGAGACUGUGCUAGGAGAACCACAGUUUGUCAACUGCUCAUAUGGUUUGAUACAAAGUGGGGGAAGACACCCAAAGAAUCCUUACCCCACAGCUAAUACACUGAGAUGUAUGGUGCUCUUUUAAUGUACUUUCAUAAUACGGUUGUACAUUAUUAGAAUACUUUGUUUUGAUUCCAUGACUUGCAUGAAUUGAAAUUAAUAAUCCAUGUCAGUUUCUAAACACGCUCUAACAUGUAAUUCUCGGUUUCAGUGGCCUCUUGGUUUAUUUCACCAUUGCUGUCUGGUCUGAUGUCUGCAGGGCUGUUUUUCAUGAUCAAGUUUUUUAUCUUAAAUAAGGUAAAUCAAUUCUUUUUAAAAUUAUUAUUCAGUGUUUAUUUACUUUUGUUUUAAAGAUUGUAGAAGCUUAGCUCUUUCAUAUUACCCAUAGAAUAUUUUAAGUGUAUUCUAUUUACACUUCUGUAUGCAAAAAUAACCCCAACAGACACAUCUUGAAGAAAUAAUAUUCUACUUAAACAGUUUGCAGUUUUGUUUUUUUUCUUGUUGGUUUUGAUGUCGACUUGUUGUUUGCCAGUAUCAUCUUGAAAAUUGUUUCUCUGUUUUUCAGGAGGAUCCGGUACCUAAUGGACUACGAGCACUCCCAGUGUUUUAUGCUGCUACGAUAGCAAUUAAUGUCUUCUCUAUAUUAUACACAGGGGCCCCAUGUAAGUAAGAAAUGAACACAAAACUCGUUUGCAUUGAUUGUAAAAGGAGAUUAGAUUAUUUAGAAAGUUUCUUUAAUUCAAUGUGUAUUCACAAAUAAGGUUUAGUCUACUACCUUUCGGGGUGUGUGUGUGUGUGUGUGAGAUGUCUUUGUCCAUACAAUCAGAUGAGUUAUAAACCUACCCCCAACACUCUAGUUAAAUAAUAAGAUGUAUGUGAUGAAGACUUUCUUCUUGUAGUUAAAUUAAUCAAAUAAGAACAUUCAGAUGAUUCCUAUUGGUUCCGAACCACAUUCCAGAACUCGCAAACAAAGAAAGCUUUGUGAUUACUGAUACCAACUGUUAAUUAUGCUCAACCCAGACACCUUUAUCUAAUUUGAAUAGAAUACCUAAUUUGAGAUUAUGCAGGAGCAGCACGGCCCCAGGAAGCACCUCUAGUAGCCAUCUGAGGAGUGGCCAUUGGAGGUAUCCCUAGGCUGUAAUGUAAACACUACCUUUUCUCUGAAAACAUUUUUUUACUGCAAAAAGCCUGAAGGGGAUGAUUAUACUAAUCAGAUCAAAUACAAUAAGCUGUAGUUGUUUUGGUGACUAUAGUGUCCAUUUAAAUCCUAGAGCGUAUUCUUGAUUGGUUUGACAGUUUAACAUUUUCAUCACUACUGGAAGUAUUCUUUGGACCACAGAAGAUCAGGUCAAGAGGGCUCACCCAUUGUUUCUAAGCUCAUCUCUGUAUACUUGCUUCAAAAAUUACAUUUUAUUUUUAACAUGAUGCCUUUUUGGCUAUGUCUUUGAUCAACCAUUCUGACUUUAUUGGCAAUGACACUUGCUGCCAAACGUGUUGCCAGAAUACAGAAACAGAUUUUAAAUGUCACAUUUCGAAUCACUACUGCACAAUUUGUUGGCUCUCUUAUACAUACAAAAAGGAGAGUCUGCAUUUUAUCUACCCAGUCAUUGUUUUAUUUAAAAUACAGUGUGCUGGAGUGUAAUGUCCAAAAUAAUAAAAAAAAAUCUGUAAAUGUUGUGUAUGAAAUCGUACAUCAAAUGGCUGGACAAUGAGUGAUGAUUCAUCCAGUUUCCUAGAAUAUGUCCCACAAUUUCUUGAAGGAGUUGGUUACUGUUCAAGAGCUUCAGAUAAAAUGCAUAAAGAUAAACUUUUUAAACUUCUAUCAGAUGUGGAUCCAUGUUUUGCUAAGCUGCUGGUUCCACACUGCUAUAAACCAUCCAUUCCCAACCUUUUUUGGAUCAAGGCACACUUUAAUAAGAGGAACAUUUUCUAGACACACCUAUAGUUUUACCUUGUAAGCCAUGUAAGAGAAGUAUGCCUCUAAGAAAAAUAAAUACUUAAGAAUUGUAUUUAAAAUUAACGCUCUAGGGUUCUUUAAACUUUUUAGAUCACUGGUCCUCCCUGUAAUGGUUAAAAAUAGCUUUUUACUUCUAUCCUGCAGGGAACUUUUCUUAAUUUGUUUAGCCAUGCCUUCUUGGCUGAGAUCAACCUAGGAAAGAAUUGCAAGACUAGUACGUAUGCACAUCAAAGUGCCACUCUGGGUCAAUCGGCGUAUCCAUGCAUCUCUAUGAGGAGCGUUCAACAUCUCCACGCAGAGCAUGCAAACAUUGCAGGACCUAACCAAGGAAACCUGUCUAGUUGAUUUCUAAAUGACAGCCGCUAGAGGGGUUACUAGGAAUCAAUGUAAACACUUUCUUUUCACUGACAAGGCAGUGUUUACAUUGCUGAGUGCGCAGGCACAGGCUAUAGACACCAAAACCACUACAUUAAGCUGGAGUGGUUCUAGUGACUAUAGUGCACCAUUUAAGCUCAUAUUACUUUCACUCUUCCUUGAGGAUGAUUGUUCAGGAGACAGAACAGUAGUUAUAAACCUUCCGCAUGGUUAUGCAAUGUACAUCUGGUAAGUUUCGUUUAGAGUAUUCUUUUGCUGAUUUUGUAAGUAUCAAUCUUUUAAAUGUGUUGUGUGACAUUUGGCUGCUACUUAUAAUCUUAUUGUCUAGUGGUUGCUAUGUCAAAACUAAACAAACUGAAGAUAGUCCAGAAGUAUCUGGCAGCUAAAUAGUUCUUCUCAUAAAAUGAGUGUAGCUCUAGUCCUUUAAACCCCUCUAUCCUUAUAUUUCUUAAUUCGGUAGAAAUUAUGCAGUGCAGCAGUGUUAUAAGUGCCUUUUGCUAUGUGUAUGAGUUUACCAGCACUCCCAAAGUAGAAGAUGUGAUUCUGAGCAUGAAGAUAUUUUUUUUUUUUUCUUCACUCUCAAAUAGGGAACUUAGAAAGCAACCAGCAUGCAACUAACUAGCAACAUGGUCUGAACUGGCAGUGUAAAUGGCUCUGUGUACUGAUGAAGGAACUUGUUGUAUAAACACAUUGAUCUGCAGGACCAAUGUGCAAUAGCAUAAUGUCGCUACAUAAAUGUUAAUACAUGCCAAUCUCCAACUCAAGUUUAGAUUCAUAGGGGACUAUAGCAUAGAUACAGGCAAGUAACAAACUCUUACAAAUCGAUAAACUAUUAAGGACCUUCCUGUUCGUAAGAACAUGUGUAUGACAGUUGUACCUUCAGAUAGGUACAGAUGUCGUUUAACAUUGUGCUUACCUAAUUGACAGAAAAUGCAUAUAUUCAAAUAUACACUAUUUUACAAUAUAAUAUUUUGUUUUAUGUAUUUAACUUGUUGAAUCACUUGUUUUUCCUUAGCUUUCUGGCCACUGUAAGUCAGCAUAGUGAGCUUAGACAAAGUAGAAAAGACUGAAACAAAGCGAGUGAUUUAGCAAGGUUUGGCCAACACUUCGCUGUCUAAUUUUCUAUGCUUUUUUUUUUUUUUUUUUUUGGUGCAGUUUUUUAAAUUUGAUAGAAGCACACACACACAAUAAAUAUCCCCAACAUAUGAUUUUCACCUGGACUAAACUGGUUUGCGAUGUCAAAUGCUAAAUGUGUGAUGGACAUAUAAAAGAAAACCAUGCAUCACAUGUAAAAAAAGAUUAACACAAGUUAUAGGUUUUACAUUUUCAGUGGUGUAAUUUCUAGGGAAGCAACAGUUCCUCUAAAAUGUACCAUUAGUGUUUGCCAUUUUAUUUUAUAGUUUAACUUUUUACAACUCUUAUCACCUUAGCCACAUGUCAAUUUAGGUUGUUCAAAUCUUCUUAUUCUCAAUUUGUGUCCUGUUGCGACCUAUAGGCGCAUCCCCUUGAGUCAAUGCAUCUCUAUGGGGAGCAUUCAGCUUUGCUUGAAGACACUUAAUGUAAUGCAAUCUAUGCAUGAUCUUGUCCAGGAAGUUCUUUUAAGUCACAGCCACUAGAGUUGACCUUGGGCAGUUUAAACUGCUGAGCCUGCAGGACUGGAUUUUUAUCCCAGAACCAUUACAUUGAAUUCUAGUGGUUCUGGUAAAUAUAGUGUCCCCUUAACCAAUCACUAAAACGAUACAUCUGAGUUUGAGUAUCUGUGCUUAAUAACUGAAGAUUUGGAGUGUAACAUGUGUGCUGUGUGGUCCAACUAAUACAAGAGUGCAUGAAACCAGUGAUAAUUUCUUACCUGCGGCAUCAUACCUUGCUCCUAGGUAUAAAUCAUGUUUGUCAAGCUCUGUUCUGUAUGAUGUGGGUGUGACACGAGCUGUGUUAUGUGGGUGUAAUGAUAUUGUUAUUGCAGAGAAUUGAGAUAUUAUUCAUAUCAUUCUUGCAAAUGUAUAUUUUGUUAAAGGUGAACAUUGUAACUUUUUUUUUUUUUCUUUUCUUCACAGUACUUGGACUAAGUGACUUUCCAGUGUGGGGCACGGCUCUCAUUUCGAUAGGCAUUGCUGUGUUGUUUGGCUUAUUAGUGUGGUUCUUCGUAUGCCCAUGGAUGAGAAAGAAGAUCGCAAGUAUGGUUUCCAUUUUCUUGCGUUAAUGAACUUCAAUUUAAAUUGGCUUCUGUCCCAACUAAAUGCUACCUUACAACUCUGUGUAGAUCACAUAGGGAUCUUCGUCAGUCUUCUGCAAGUAAUGUGUCUUUAUGAAUUUCAAGCUGAAAUAAUGGCUGUGAUAUUAUGCCCAUGUCUAGGGAUGAUUCUCUGUUUUAUUAGCUUCUUAAAUGGAUGCUCCAGGUUCUAAAGUCUGAAUUUCUUUUAGGGGUUAACAUGACGUAUCCCUUGUCUCAAUUCAUAAAAGUUCAGAUUUUAAGAGAAAUGUACACUUGUUUAAGAAUUUAUUUGGCUGACAUCCAUGAGGGCUUAUGAUUCACUCCCAUUGAGCAAUUCUUUAAAUGGAAGUGAGAGCUUCUAUAGCAAAGCAUUAGUCUGUUUUCCUAGGAAAAUAGCAUUUGAUUGGUGCAUUUAUAACAAUAACUGUGCAUGCACCAAUUAUGGCUGAAAGGAAGGGUAGAUUCAUGUCAUGAGCCAUAUCCCAGGGGAGGAGCAGACUUGUGGUUGGAGAAGCAGGUAAGUAAAUGUUGUUGGUUUUUAUAAAUUUUUUCUUCUCAUUUAUGAAGUGUACGAGGCAUUUAAUGUAUUAAAGGAACACUCGAAACAGUAAAACCAAAUAGGCAUGUUUUAGUGUUACAUUAUGGUAUCGACAGCCAGCACUCAAGUAAGUAUUUCUGAUUAAACAAUAUAAAAACUUUAAUAUAGUUGUAAAAAAACACUAUAGGGUCAGGAACACAAACAUGUUUUCCUGUCCCUGUGUGUAAAACCACCAUUUAGAUGGCUCGUCCUCUAUUUACCCCCUUAAAAGAGUAAUAAAACUUGCCUUAUUUCCUGAUGUGCUGGCCCCGCCCCCGAUCAGCCUCCUUGCUGACAUAAUCAGAAUUUCUGACUUUUAAAAUAAAUUUUAUUUUUUUUUCCAUCCCCAUGGGAAAGCAUUGGAUUGGCUGAAAUCACAAGGGGGUGGGGGCGAGGCCAAACGCCAGCUUGGCCCAUCAGCACCUCAUCAUAGAGAUGAUUUAAAUUAAUGCAUUAAAGGAGUGUCCCUAGGGGGCAAUGCAAACAGUGUUUGCAUUAAAAUGCCUGCAGGGAAUGAUUAUACUCACCAGAGCAACUAAAUUAAGUUGUAGCUGUUCUGGUAACUAUAGUGUCCCCUUCUAAUGUUUUUCUACCAUGAUUCAGGCAUAACUCAGAUAUUCAAUAUGUCUUCUCAAUUGUGUUCACCAUUACAAUUUCUCCCUGCUAAGGCUGUACUGCAAAAGAAAAGUAUUUUUUUUUUUAUUAAUGCAUUAUGAAUGUAUUUCACAGUUUUGUGAACAGAAACACCAGCAUUUUAUGAAUGUGCAUGUGAUUUGUAAUGUGAAUGUGAUUUAAGCUAGGCGAAACACUUUCAGUGUGUUUCCCCUCGCUUACAUUUUCCAAAUCUAAAAUGAAUAAACAUGUACUUGUGGAUUUAUAUAGUGUGCGGUCUGCUUCUAGGAAAGUGUAAAGAAAAAGGCAUAUGCUAGGGCUAUGCAUCAAAUAGACAAAGGUUUGCUUCCUCCUCUGCGUAAUCACAUCCGUUUAUCUUGUAUGUUAUCUAUGUGCAAAAACUAGAAUAUUUAAAUGCAAGUAGUUUUGUUACUUAAUGCAUUAUAUAUUAAGGGGUUCAUUUGGGAUUAAAUUAAAACUAUAGUGAUCCUUUAAUCUGUUUUAAAUGUUGGGGGGUUUUUUUGUUUCUUUUUUGUUGUUGAUGUUUUUAUUAUUUUAUAUCUUGCUCUAAUUUAAUAUACACUGUACAAGAAGGCUGUAAUGCACUAGAAUAAAAUGACCAGAUCAGACAUGUAUAGGUGCACUAGAGCUAGAAAAACAUAAAAGGGUUUGCAAAAUAAAAGUAAAACGGGGCGAGGGUGCGCAGUGAUGUAGCAUGUUUGCAUGCCACGUGCGCGUUCUGAGGUGGGGCGGACGGAUACUGCGGUGGGAAUGAAAUUCUGAAUCUACGUUGACGAGCAGGACGACAAUGGUGGAGGGUAUUGGAGGAAGGAGAGCGAGUUUGGAGUACAGCUGACUUGACUCGAUGACUGAGGUUGUAGUGGUCGCAAAGAGGUGAAGGAGGGGAAAAAAGCCUAGAAGUUUCCAGGAGAUCUCUAAUUGGAAAAGAGAAAAAAGGAAGCAGGUCACAGAUAUGCUAAAUCUAAGAGGUGUACAGUAAAGUAAACUAACAUUCUCUUUAAAUCACAUGUAAAUUGCUCUGUGCUUUGCUGAUCUAUAUUUAGCAAAUAUAAUAUAUUAUAUAAUAUAUAAAUCAAAAGGUAUCAAAAGAAAGAAGAAAAAAAACUGAAUAAGAGAGGGGAGAAGAGGAAAGGAGGAAUUGGAAGAGGAAGAGAAAGGGGGAGACAACGUUAUAUCACAACUUUGUGUUAAGCUACAAUAUCAUUAUUAAACAAAGCGCAUCUUAAUCUGAUAAUAAGCACUAUAUUACUAUUAGCAAAGAAAGUUAUGAGGUCUCCCUGAAGAAUGACCCACCUCUCUACCUAGCCUUUUUAAAGGAUCACUAUGGUCACCUAAAUUACUUUAGCUAAAUAAAGCCGUUUUAGUGUAUAGAUCAUUCCCCUGCAAUUUCACUGCUCAAUUCACUGUCAUUUAGGAGUUAAAUCACUUUGUUUCUGUUUAUGCAGCCCUAGCCACACCUCCCCGGCUAUGUUUGACAGAGCCUGCAUGAAAAAAAAAAAAAACUGCUUUCACUUUCAAACAGAUGUAAUUUACCUUAAAUAAUUGUAUAUCAAUCUCUAAAUUGAACUUUAAUCACAUACAGUAGGCUCUUGCAGGGUCUAGCGAGCUACUAACAUAGCAGGGGAUAAGAAAAUCUUAAUUAAACAGAACUUGCAAUAAAGAAAGCCUAAAUAGGGCACUCUUUACAGGAAGUGUUUAUGGAAGGCUGUGCAAGUCACAUGCAGGGAGGUGUGACUAGGGUUCAUAAACAAAGGGAUUUAACUCCUAAAUGGCAGAGGAUUGAGCAGUGAGGCUGCAGGGGCAUGUUCUAUACACCAAAAUGGCUUCAUUAAGCUAAAGUUGUUCAGGUGACUAUAGUGUCCCUUUAACCAAAGUUGGAAAAUAGACUCUAUACAGAUACUACUGACUGCUGGGUUAAUAGCCUCAUUAUCCAUCAACUCUGGUUACUCUCUACUGUGAUCUACUGGCUGUUUGAUUCUGCUUUUUUCAGGGGGGGUUUCUCUUUUUUUUUUUGUUAUUUUCCGUGCUCAAUUGUACAGGAAGAGCAUUUCAGGCAUUUCUUGGGUUUUCAAUUUUCAUGUAUAAAGCGGUUACACAUAUUUAUAUAACAUUUGUGGUUUGUUUCAAGUUGUACAGUGAAAUGCUUGUGAUGAGCACCUUUGUGUCGUGUUCAUGUUUGGGGGCAAGCCCAGGUCUGUCUGAGUGGUGGUAUGCUAGUGAUUGGUUUGUAUUGCGUUCCCGUGGUGCUACAAGCGUGUGGUGUGGUGCAGGCGGAUGUCGUGUUGCUGAGCAGCCUGUUCUCGUGUGGUCACAUGUUUGUUUCUUGCUGUGUGAGUGCCAGGUUUUGAAUAUCUCCUGGGUGCUGUGCGCGGCGUGCUUGUCAGGUGUGCAUAUGUGUUGGUCCCAGUAGCCUUUUAUUUGUUGAGUGGGGUGGGUGUGUAGACCCUUUGUGUUCAGGGAUUGUGGUUGUGUUCCUGUGUGGGAUACGCCUCAUGUGAGUUUGGUGCAGCCGUAAUAUAUGCAUAAAAUGACAUGAACAGAAUAGCUAAACAAUAAAAUAAGUAACAUAAGGCUAUAGGCAUUCCAUGGUUGUAUGAGAGUUUAGGUUGUCAGCUUGGCUGGUAUGGGCCGGGUAGUUUUGUGGUUGUGUCAAGGCUUGUUAAAAAGACAUACUUUGAAAAGAGAUAAAACCUAAAAUGGACAAAAGUAUGAUGGGGUUUUUCUCCACAAAUGCUCCUAAGGAUCAGAGAGAAAAAAACUCCUAAUUUGAGCAUUGAAAGAUCUGCAAAUGUCAGCCUUGCUUCGCAAGCAGAAUUAUAAGAAGUGUCAUCUUCUUAUUUAAAAAUCUGUCUCGAUUCUAUAUUAGAGACAAUCAAAGAAGAAAUAAGAGCCAGCCAGUGCAGCAGAAAUUAAAGGAGAAAUCACAUCAAUAGGCAAUAGAUUAACUAGCUUGGAAGAAAGAAUUUAACACAUUGAGAAGAAAUAUCUGGAUUCAAAGACCGGACAAUCAGUUAUGUAACAAAAACGUAUAAGGUUGGAAGAUAAAUUAGCAGAUUGAGGAUCGAGCUAGAAGACACAAUCUAAAAGGUUCUGCAAUAUACCAGAAGUAGUAACUACAGAAAAACUGCAGGACUAUCUACAGGAAUUGUAUAAGAAAAUAUAAAAAAAUAUACCUGAUCAGUACCCUAUUAUGAAUCGGUGUGGCACAGAAUGCCUAAACCUAAAGGUAUUCCUGAAAGAUCAACAAGAGAUGUUAUAGUUAAUUUCUUCGCAUAUCAAAUGAAAGAACAAGUCUACAAGGACUAGCUUUUCCAAUUUACUCGUCUUUCAAGACUUUUCAUACAUUACCAGCCUUAAAAGAAAUCCUUCGAUUCAGCUGGGAAAUUGAAAAACUGGGUAAUACAGAAGAACUGGGAUUAAUGUAUAAGAUACCCAUUGGAAGAUGUAUAAAACGUGAGAACGAUAAGAUCUCAGAUCAAUGUCGUUGAAGAGAAGGAUUUCCCUUUCUUCUCUCUAAAGAAGCUAUGAUCUAACAAUAAGAGGCAUUUAAAAAAAAUUUUUUUUUUAAAUGCAUAUAAUCAGACAUUUAUUGAUCCACUAUUUGCUUAGUUAUUGAGGAGUUAUACAUGUUUGACUGUAUGACUGUACAUAUACAUGUGGAAUCUUAUUUUAUUUUUAUUUAUUUUUCUUCUUCAUUUUCGCCAUUUCAUGCUUUAUUUUUCGCCAUUUGUUGAAUGAAAGGUGGAUCAGAUGUGGAUCCUUUUCUGUUUUUGUAGUUGGAUGUCUUUUAAUGUUUUUGUAUUGUUUGGCGGCAGAGCUCAGAGAGUAAAAAUUGAUCUUAAUGGUUAAAAUAUUAUCGGUCAAUACACAGGGGUUAAAUUCACCUCACAAAAGGUCUAUAGUCUUAACAUAUCUGACAAACGUAAGGGUAGACAUUGCUUUCGCUAAGGAAACUAACUGGAGGGGAAAGUGAUAGAAUGAUGUGGAAAUCUCAAAAAUAUCCAAGGCUGAUAACUGCCUUUAAACAAAGCAAAAGGUCUUGUGGAGUUGCCAUCCUCUUCUCAGAAAGACUGCAAGUAGACUUACUUUAUCAAUACUUAGAUGCAGAGAUAGCAGGACCGCUAUCUAAUUGUUGUAUGUCUAAUCAAAUAUACCCUGGGGGAUGUUUAUAUCCCAAAUAUUACUCCGACUAGAACAUUAAAAAAGAUUCUGGAUUAAAUGGAGGAAGUUAAAGAGGGUAUUUGUAUAAUCACAGGAGAUUUUAAUUCUGUUUUAAGAUCCUACUCUAGACAAAAAAAAGCCUGAAGGUAUUAAAGUGAAUAACUUGGUUACCAAACAAGCUAAAUCUUUGUACAACAUUCCAAAUCAAUACAACUUGUUUGAUAUAUGGAGAUUAAUCCACCCCUUUGACAGGGAUUAUACCCAUCUUUCCAAAACUCAUAUUUCUUAUUCACGAAUCGAUAUGAUCUGGGGAAACUCACUACUCCUAGAGGAAGUUAAAGCAAUAGAGAUAAUAGACAAUGCGUGGUCAGAUCAUAGUAUAAUAAAUAUGGAAAUACAAAAUAAAUAUCCACAACUAAAUAGAUCUACUUGAAAGCUUAAUUACUUUCUUUUGAAAUAUGAAGGCAAUUAUGAAUAGAAAAUAGAAUUUUUUUUCUUAGACCAUAAUCUUCAGGACACUUCGCCAAUUAAUAAUUGGUGUGCUUUCAAGACCGUUAUGCGUGGACAACUCAUUAAGCUUCAGAGUAGAUAUAGUAAAAAACAAGGUAAAAAAUUAUCAGCUUUAUACCCUAAGAGGAGUAAGAUUCUCCCUACAAAAGAAAUUCUGACUGAAAUAACUCAAGUCCAGAAUAAAAUCAAACUGUGUUUGUUAGAUCGAACGAUGAAAAAUACAAGACCCCUGGUCCCGAUAGAUUUACCAUCCAAUUCUAUAAAUUAUACAGUCAUAAAGUUAUUGGAGCUAUGGUUUCAACUUUUAAAAGCACCAUUCAAAUAGGAGAAUUCUCAGCCGAAAUGACCAGAGCUAAUAUAAUACCAAUUCUAAAACAAGGGGAAAACUCCACAGAGGUUGUAAACUAUCGACCAAUAUAAUUAAUAAACGUCGAUGUUAAGAUUUUUCCCUUAGUUGUAGCUAACAGACUUUUUGAUAGAAUUAUUAAUCCAUCGACCGCUCAUAUAAGAUCUAUCCAACUUAUUCUGAGGUUUGUUGGAGAUUUAACCUAGAGGUGGGUACAUAUGAACAUAUCUAUUGGAAAUGUAAGGGUAUAAAAAGAAUAUGGAAUUGGAUAUUUGCUUUAUUAGAAGAUAUGGGUAUUAAACUUUUUUAAAUCUACAACUGUAGCUUUGUUACUUCUUGACUGGCCUAUUUUGGAACAACUAGAUCAAUGCCUAAUUAUCCAUUGUUUUAUUGCGAUCAAAGUAUUGAUUGCUCAUUCAUGGAAAGACUAAGUUUUUUCAUGGGCACAUAUAAAAAACAAAAAACAAAUGAUAUUGCAAAGGAAUAUGGAGAAGAAAUAUACGUAUAUAACCUCCCCUUCUGGGGAAUAAAAAAAUAAUCUAGAAAGAUGGUCUCGCUACAUAGAACAAUGGUUCCCACUCCCCUGAGUAGAUGAUCAAAACAAAUUUUUAAUUAUAAUUUCUGCUGAAAAUCAAAAUAGGGAUAUCUGUGAGCUCUGACCCCCUUUUUGUUUGUUCUUUUUGUCUGUAAUUGAUAUUUGUAGAAUGCAUACAAUAUAGAAUAUUGAUUCUUCUAUUCUCUUUGGUAGAAAUGUGCAUUAUUGGUGUGUAUGCUUUGGUCUUUCUAUGUCAAUCCUUUUUGUCAAUGCAAAACUAUAAAACAGACUUUUAUUUUAGACAAAGCAGAGAAAAACGGGAGCGUGUUGCACAUAGAACUAAAAUAAUAAUGGUCAAUACUCCAUUAACAGUGGAAAAUCAGACUCAUAGAUGCCACCUCAUCAUAGGAAUGUAUUAACUUACUUGGAGAUGGAUCUAUCUGUCCUGCUCCGGAGAGCCAGGCAUUUCACUAGCUGUGUACUCCUGCGAGAUCAGGCAUAGAAAGGUUGCAAAAAUAUGGUUGAGUUUGCUAAGAAUAUCGCUUGAAUACUGGUGAGGGCGCCACAGAUGCUGCCAUCUUGCCCGUCGCUGUAGUCAUCGGUCGCAUAUCUGAAUAUAUGUCCUGAGAUGUAAGAGGAAUUUCAGGACCGGGAUAACCCGCACCGGACCAAAGGGGGGUGGGGAUAACAAUUGCUGCAAUCACUAGCCUAUGCCGUCCCACUCGCGCUAAGUCAGCAAGAAGGCAGCCAAAAGUGACCUGCCUAAAGUCCCCAAUCGACAGGUGACUGAGGUUAGUUGCUAAGAUCAGUUAUAUCUGAUUAUUACACAAAAAAUCUGGAUGCUUUAGGAGAGCUGCAGCCCUGUGCAUCCUCUCUGCAUGGCAGCCAAGCCCCCCAUUUAAAUGUUUUUGGUUUUAAUAAUAAAAUUCUCUAGGAUUUCCCUUUUCUCGUUACAUAGAAAUCUCCGAUUGCACUCCAAAGUGUAUUUAUACUGCAUAAUAAUGCAAUCCACGUAGCAAGCUACAUUAUGCUGAAUAUUGAAUGCAAUCUUUAUUCUCCUACUGGCUUAUUAGCUUCAUGUAAUAAAUGCAAUUGUAAUGCUACCUUUUAUUAGAGACAGUAAGUGACCUUUUUUGGUGUUUUCAAAUUUAGUAUCAUAUGCUGUAAUGUCUCUGCUUUUGAUGUUUCAACAGGUCGAUUAAAGAAAGAAGGGGCAUUAUCCCGUAUAUCAGAAGAAAGCCUAGAUGAAAAAAACCAAGAUGAAGAGUCUCCUGUCUUCAAAGAACUGCCUGGUGCAAAGGGAAAUGAUGAAAGUGUGGUGCCUCUCACUAGUUCCACCACUGAAGCAGCUGUAGGAUCUGAUCCCAUAGCCAAUGGAAAUACGAGAAUACCAUAUGGUAUGCUUGGCUUUUUUUCCCCCCGUCUUACUAUUUUUGGUAGCUCUGAUUUUUCUCAUUACCAUGUCUCUCGUAGAAUGUGUAAAAUAAGAACGGAAGGACACUUGGGAUGUGUUUGCUUUUGUUGCUGCCAUAUAUAUAUAUAUAUCUAUAUAUAUAUAUAUCUAGAUAUCUAGAUAGAUAUAUAUAUAUAUAUAUAUAUCUAUAUAUAUAUAUCUAGAUAUCUAGAUAUAUAUAUAUAUAUAUAUAUAUAUAUAUAUAUAUAUAUAUAUAUAUAUAUAUAUAUAUAUAUAUAUAUAUAUAUAUAUAUAUAUAUAUAUAUAUAUAUAUAUAUAUAUAUAUAUAUAUAUAUAUAUAUCUAGAUAUAUAUAUAUAUAUAUAGUAAAGUAGUUGGCUGCACUCUCGGAUUCCAAUAAAAUAUAACUUUUAUUCCAGCUUCUAAAACAGAUCAACGUUUCAGUCCAACUUGUGGACUUUCAUCAGGAUAUAAUAUAAUUACUUUAUUAUUGCUUGCCUUUUAUUAAGGGUUCUCUUGAUUAAAAUGCAUGCACAACUAAUACAUUUAUAUAUAUUUUCCCUGUAUAAUAGUAGAGAGAAAGGUGUGUGUUUAUAUAAAUCUGUAUAACAAUUUUGCACAGAUGUGUGUGUGUGAGUAUAUCUAUAGAUGGAUAGGUAGGUUUAUAUAUAUGUAUACAGUGCUGCAGUAUAAGUUGGCACUCUAUAAUUAUAUAUAUAUUUAUUAUAUGUGUGUGUGUAUAUAUAGUGUUCAAGUAGAGAUUGUAGUCAUAUUAGUCCAGUGAAAGAUGUAAAAACCAGAUAAAACUCAUAUCUUGUAAUACCUUUUUUAUUGAACUAACAGAAUUUUGUAAUGACACGCUUUCUGAAGAACCUCCUCAAAUCUAAAGCAUUUCUGGGCAUUUGAGAUAUAUAUAUAUAUAUAUAUAUAUAUAUAUAUAUAUAUAUAUAUAUAUAUAUAUAUAUAUAUAUAUAUAUAUAUAUAUAUAUAUAUAUAUAUAUAUAUAUAUCAAGGAUUUUUAUACUGCCAACUUAUACUACAGCACUGUACAAAUAACAGAACCGUAGGUGAAGACAAAACAAGCUUACUAUAUAUGUAUAUUUAGACUUAUUUUAACCCCUUAAGGACCAAACUUUUGAAAUAAAAGGGAAUCAUGACAUGUCACACAUGUCAUGUGUCCUUAAGGGGUUAAAUACAUAUAUACUAACAAUACAUCAAUAAAGUUUUUCCAAAUCCUGUAAUGCACAGUUAAAGAUCAUUGCAAUUUUAGUUAUUAAAAACUAUUAUGACUAACAGUGAGUGGCACUGUAUUUUGGCGUUCACAAUCUCCGAGCAUGCAUGUCCCUGCCCACCUAAAAUUAUUGUCCGUUUCACUCCCAGACAGCAGCUGCUAUGUAUGACUGCUGGCAUUCAGUUGGCCCAAACAAAACACCUCAUGACUAUUAUGUUCCAUUACAGAAUGCAGUUGCUUAGAACGUUCAUAAUACAACUUGCAUUCGAUACUGUAUAGACCUUAAACCUUUGUUGUUUUCAUUGUUUCCAGGAAGAGCUGCUUCCAUGACAAACGGCUCUAUCAGAUCACCGGUUUCAAACGGCACAUUUAAUUUUGAUGGUCAUAGCAUGAAAAGUGAUGCUCACGUGUAUCACACUGUUCACAAGGACUCUGGGCUUUACAAGGACCUUCUGCACAAAAUACACCUCGACAGAGUAACGGAUGACCGCCCCUCACAUGACAAUAACUACCGGGUACUGAGGCGCAACAACAGUUACACCUGUUACACAGCUGCUAUUUGUGGCAUGCCAGUGCACUCAACCUUCAAAGCGGUUGAUCCGGCCACCCCGGAGGAUAGUGAAAAGCUGGUGGGAGACACUGUGUCCUACUCCAAGAAACGGAUACGGUAUGACAGCUACUCAAGCUAUUGCAAUGCAGUUGCAGAGGCAGAGAUUGAAGCUGAUGAAGGUGCUGUGGAGAUGAAGCUUGCUACUGAACUGGGUGACUCAAAUCCACUCCCGGAUGAUGCGUUGGAGGAGGACAAAGAGGAAAAAGACCAGUCACAAGUCCAUCUCCUCUUCCAUUUUCUCCAGAUUCUGACAGCCUGCUUUGGAUCCUUUGCUCAUGGAGGAAAUGAUGUCAGGUUAGAUAUGUUCAUGCCGUCAAGCAGUGAUGGCUUAUUUACUCGUUUACGUAUAUUAUGUACGUAUAUUGCUCUGCUGCCCCUAGUGGUAACCUGAAAUUCUCUUUGGAAAUUAUUUGUCAAUGCAUUAUUAGAAGCUGUUGAUAGGUCUUACAAUUAAAUUAUCCAACAGUUGAAGUUAUUUUCUUAGCAUAUUUGGAUAUAAGCUGCUGAUCUUAAAAUGUAUAUGAUCUUAAAGAUCUACUCCAACCAAAAACCAUAGAGGACGGACUGGGUAGGGGGAGAGGGGGAUUCAAUGCUGCACCACCAUUGGCUAUCUGGCACCAGCAUGCUGUGCAUUCUGGCAUCAGACACCAACUCUGCACAGAAUUGAUAUUAGCCAGCCUGGAACUUUUUUUUCUGGGCCGGCUAAUGACGCUGCUGGAGGUUGGGUCACACCUAUUUGCAGCAUUUCAUAAGGAAAAUGCUACGCAUACAGAAUGCAGGCUUCAAAUCACUUAAAGUGUUUAUGGUGUUUGGAGUAACCCUUUUAAAUCAAGCAUGUCAACCUCAAAGGCUAAAAAAAAGUUUGACGUAGACCAACACAAAACUUAAAUUACUUGUAUCAUUCUCAUGCAAACAAUAUGUAAUCGCGAGUUUGACAUCCUUGCUUCAAAUGCACAUUGCUGCACAUUUAAUAGAAUGCAAAAUAUAGAGCUCUUGGGUGACAACUUUCAAAAACAUAUAGCCUCUGAUAAAGUUGUAAUUUUUUCACACGGGGACCUUCAGAAAACAAUGCUGGAUAUGUUUUAUUUAUUUAUUACUGGCAUUUAUAAAGCGCCAACAUGUUCCACUGCGCUGUUCAAUUAGUGGAGAAAGUAUACCAUACACAGACAAAUACAAAAGGUAAAGAGGAACCUGCCUGUACGCUGAGAUCUAGCCAUUGAAGCGCUUUUAUGCAAAGUGCUUAGAAUAUUGAGGCUAACUCCUGUAUCGACCCAGUUUCAGCUUCUGAGCAAUCACUCAUGACACAACUAGGUAAAGCUCUAAAGGAGGUCAGUGAAUGUGCCAAGAACUCAGAUCCUGUUUCCACCAAGUAUCCAGUGUAUUUAGUUAUCAAUUUUUGAACCUAAAACCAGUCUUACAUGCAGUCAGCCAUUGCUGGGUAUUAAGUAGCAGAAGGUUAAAACUCUGAGAUUAAUAAUCAUACUAAUAAAAUGCAUUGAGCAGAGGCACAAAGCCUUUCUUAUCCUCCUGUGACGUAUUUGUUAAUUUUGUUUGAUUCUUCUCUGUAUGGAAGCCCAUUCUAAGCACAGUCACUUGAAUUGGAUUUGGUCACCACCAAGCAUUUUAUAGCAUUAAAUGUAGCUUUGGAAAUUUCCUAUAGGUUGUGUACAUUUCAAACUGUGUAAAAGUUUUGGUAAUACAGUUAUUUUUUUAGAACCUCUCCAAAUCCCUGCCUUAUAAUGUCUUAAGCCUUUCCUUGGGAAAUGCUGCAUGUUAACGUAUUCACAUUUCUUAUUUGUCUUCCCCAAGUUACCGGAACACUUUGUUCUUCAAACUGGUAAAUAAAUUAAAUUUGUUUUUGUUUCACUCUCUCUCGCACAGUAAUGCUAUUGGUCCAUUGGUUGCACUUUGGCUAAUUUACCAGCAAGGUGGAGUUAUGCAAGAUGCUACAACGCCUGUGUGGCUGCUGUUGUAUGGUGGCGUGGGCAUCUGUGCUGGUCUGUGGGUGUGGGGUCGGCGAGUAAUCCAAACUAUGGGAAAAGACCUUACCCCGAUUACACCAUCCAGGUAAAGUAAAAUAUAAGUGUAUUGAUUAGUUGGGACUGACAGCAUUUUUAGAAGUUUAGACCACCUGUUUGUAUAGAACAAGUGCAUAUAUAUACGUUGGACACCAGUACUAAAAUGUUUUGAAAUAAGUCCGCAAGUAGCCAGGUUUAAGGUGGACUUGCCAAUGUUUUUUUGGCAGUUUUGGUAAAAUACUCAAUUUUUGUAAACUAAGAAAGAAAAAAAAAGAUUACGGUUCAAUAAUAUCCGGGUGUCAACAGCUGACGAACUGUCCUUUACAUUGCUACCUUCCAGUUAAAUGGUGAUUAGGACACUAUAUAGUGGUAGGAAUACACUUUUGUAUUCUUAAUGCUGUUAUGUUGCUUUAAUUGUAACUUUUAAAUAAUGCGUUAAAAAUGGCAAUUGAUAGAGGUUUUAGUGAAGGGUUAUGUUUUUACACUUAAGAAUUUGUUUUCUAUACAAUGUGCUGCGGAUCGAUUCUGUCUGUUGCUGAAAACUACAUACAGUCUUAUGCAAUACUAAGGCUGCAAUUUCAGUGCUCAGAAUUUUAAGUGAAAUCUAUUUUCUUUUGUUCGUGCAUACAUUGUUUUCUGCAUACAUUUUUGUGCACGCAAGGAUUGGUAGAUUGUAGUAUUCUUGUCAACGGGCUAAAAAACUCUUGAAUGUUAUAAUGUCUAUUGCCAUGUAGAAACACUUUUUGAACUUGAGAUCUAUUACAAGGGAUGACAGUUGUUUAUAAAACCCUUAGAUACCUCUUUAUAAAGCUUAAAUAAGUGAAGAAUCAAAUGUAAGAUAAAGGGAUUUAGAAUUGCAAUUUACUUGUGUUCUGCAAUGUAUUUUUAUAUUUUAUGACUUUUAUUUGUACAUUUAACAAUUACAGAUACAAUAUUUACUUGUUCUCAAACUACAACAUCCAUGAUCCCUACUCUGAGAGUGCUUUCAAUAAUAAAAAGCUUUAGAGACCUGGUUUCCCCUUCCCAUGCACCAUAUAUAGUUUCCUUUUGUCCAAUGUCUGAAAACUGUUUAUAAAUUUAAAUAUGCUGUAAAAUCUUGUACAAAUUUAAAAUCAAUGUUCCAUAGUACAUUUGUCAUAAAGCAAGAAAUGAAUAAUAAAGUGCUCUCUAUCCGUUACUGAACCAGACCAUUAAAAAGUAUUUUUAGCAGUAAGAAAAAAUUGUCUCUCUGCUAGCAGAGCGACCGUGAUUAAAAUUAAAUUGUGACUGUAAAGUGUUUUCUUAUGCUCCCUGCAGUGGAUUCACUAUUGAGUUGGCUUCAGCGUUCACAGUUGUGGUAGCUUCCAAUAUUGGACUCCCUAUCAGUACCACACACUGCAAGGUAUGGCUUUGCCAGGAGACUGCAGCGGGGGUAGCCUUGACUAUCCACGUUGUUUUUCUGCAGUUAAGAUCCAUGUUUAGUGGCAUGAGAGCAUCUAGCAGAGACAAGUCUGAAAGCUUCACGCAAUUGGUUCCCAAGGUUAAUGCUUCAAAUCUUUUCUUAUCUGCAAUAGCCAUUUUAGAUUUAUGCCAGUCUUUAUGUUGUGUUUAAUUUGUACUAUGUAGCAAAAAUCUUAAAUGGCUAUAAUAAAGAUCCUUAUUACUCUUUGAGGACCAUUUUUGGUGUCAUGCUACUUGUGCCACUAAACUGAUCUAGGAAGUUCACCUACUGCUGCUUCCUGCCUCAUCAUAUACCAUUCACUUCUUCUGAUGCAUGCAUGCAUGGCAUAUGGUCUCCUACAUACACCUCAAACUGUGUCUUCUCUUUUUUUUUUUCAUGUUAUUACUUUUCUUCUUCUUCACAGUGGAUUUUGCAUUGAAGUUACGUGUGCAAUAACUGUAUUAGUAGCCUCUAAUGUGGGUAUACCCAUAAGCUCAACUCAUUGCAAGGUAUUGGGGUUUGUAGUGCCCUCAAAAUUAAAAACAAAAAAAAUCACAUCAUUUUUUAUUCUUUUAUUUUUAUUUUUUUGCCUUCAACUGAAAAUUAAAGAAACUGCUGAUUAUUGCAAUUGCCUUCAAUAAAUAUUCCCUCUCUGUAAAGAAAUAGUCACGCACAAAUACAAAAACAAACAUUAAAACUCUGUGAUAGCUUACAUAAGAGCGUAAUAAUUCUAACAAGCGUGCUUAACCGUAACUUGAAUUUGACAUGUCUUUCAAAGCAUUUUUUUUCUCCACAUAAUGAAUGCCUGAUAUGACUUUUGUGACUGGCCAAUUUUAGAAUUUUCAUCUAUUUUUUUUUUAUUUUGUUAUUUUUAGGUUGAGGGAAUUUGUAGGGUGUUUUGAAGGCAAACUGCACACAUCAUUAGUUAAAAUCAGGGAUGGCCAACAGAGGCGGCUCUCUUGCCAUUGUGGAACUAGAGCGUCCACAAAUUCUUGUCGAGCUGAUUUAUUUUCCCGUUGGCCACCAAUGGUUUUUUUUUUAGUAAAUUAUCGAUGCUUACAAAUUAUUUCUAACUUGCUUUAUUUUCUAACUACUUCUCUUCUUUUUCAUAACUAACUACUAAUAACUUAAUGUAUACUUAACAUUGGUCAUAACUCUAGCAAGCUCCUUUUUAUGUGUAUUACAGAUCUGUAGCCCAUUACUUAUAUGAUGUUAAUCACUUUCAUUAAAAUAAACAAUCUACUAGUUUAAAAAUGAUUUCAAUGCUGAAAAAGGAAGCUGUAGCAAAAAUACAAGUUUAUUCUAUGUAGUAAUAUUUUUUUUCCAAAGCUUUUAUAUUCUGAGAGAAUAUUGAUAUUUUGUUUAUUUUUCAGCAGGCUGGGGAGACUUUUUCCACUGCACUUUUUACUGUAACAUGCAUUUCAUGAGAGAGUCUGUUUAGUACUUUCUAAAUCCCAAUUGAACACGUUACUGAGACAUUCCUCCUAACAAUUCAAAUGGACAAAGAGGCACGUGUUAAUUUUAAUGGUGUGUGGAUGGGGGUGCUGCCAGUGGCAAGGCUGUUCUGAGACAUUUUAGGCAAUUUACUCAUAACAAUUUAUACAACUAAAAUAUAAUUUAGGACAAGAACAAUGUGUCUUAUUUACACAGUCUGAUGUCUAAACACGGUUAUUGAAGUUUUAAGAUACAUUACUGUGAAAAGUAUUUCUCUGGAGCUCUGUUAUACACAGAUACAACAAUAACAUGGAAUUUCUAGAAAAGAGGAACAGAGGGAUUUGGGGCCAAAUAUAUAUAUAUAUAUAUAUAUAUAUAUAUAUAUAAUUUACCUAUUAACUAGGCACACAUGGGAAAUAUGCAGAGGGUAUUGGAAUAAAUGGGGAAAAACCUUGUUGGCCAAUGACAACCUUUUCUAUUGAAUGGGUUUGUUUCAGAACAUGUUCAGACAAGUUUUAGGAUUUGCUACAAAUGUGCAGUAGAAAGGUAGGUUAUUUGCCUGGAGCUAUUCCUCAAAGCCGUCGCCAUCUUGUUCCUGGGGACUUCUACAGCUCCUGACAAAUUCUCUGCCAUUAGGUGCUUCGGUGCUGUACUCUUACUCAUACAAGAGAGUAGAACACGGAGGUCUAUGAAAGAUCACAUCUCGCAAUGAGCAAUACAAUACCUGAAUCCAAAAACCACCACUUGCAACGUUUGCUGGGACUGGAUAAAAGUUGACGGUGGAGCUCUUCCCUUUGUCAACUUUUGUUAACCUCAGUCUUGCCCAUAAGACAAAGUUUCUUUGGAUUCUGUUGGAAUUUCACUGAGAUUCCAUCUCUGAUUGUAUUUUUAUAAAAUAGAAGUGACAGACCUACUUUGAAGGGACACUUUCUAAGCACUGGAACCACUACAGCUUAAUAUAAUGGUUUUGGUGUGAGAAGACUUUUCCUGCAAAUUUUUUGAGAACUAAUGAGUAGAGGUUGGCAUUGCUAUAUAUAAUAGCAACUUGUAUUUUGGCUACACUUUUAAAGUGCAUCUGUCAUCCCAAACCCAUAAUUUUAUUUAAAUUAUUUUUAUUUUUUUGUAUUUGGAGUGAAUGUUUGCAGAGAAAAACUACACUUGUUCAUCCUUGUUGCCACUGCUUACACAUACAAAUAUUUUUUGAUAUGCAUGAAAAGUGGCACAUUUAUUUUUAUUAUCACUUAACGUGCUUUCUUAUCAGCCUCAACAUCUGUUUUUUAUUGAUAGUGUUAUAUAGUGUACAAAUUUCCCUCAGACUCCAAAUCAGAAAUCCUUUAUGAUCAAUUUCCCCAUGUAGGCUUCCAGUUCUUUAACAUUUUGUGGUUUUCUCUCUGCUAACAUUCCAAAAAAAAAAAAAAACGUGGGUGACAUAUUCACUUUAGGUUGUUUGACAUAGUAACAAAUCUAAUUUUCUUGCGUUAUGUGAUUCUUGUCUUACACAUUUUUUUUUUAUUUUUUUUUUAAAAUUUUCCCCCUGCUCUCUGAAGGUUGGAUCAGUGGUAUCGGUGGGUUGGAUUCGAUCACGGAAAGCAGUUGACUGGCAUUUAUUCCGCAACAUUUUCCUUGCUUGGUUCGUGACGGUGCCUGUUGCCGGCCUAUUCAGCGCAGCAGUCAUGGCUAUAAUGCAGUAUGGCAUUCUCCCAUACGUUUGA